AUGGUGUGGGAAGAGAGGAAAGAAAGUGGGAGGAAAUGGGUGGAGCUGAGGAAGGCAAAGGGGAGAGGUCUGGUAUUGGCUCUCAGGGGUGGGUGUGGUGAGAAAGAAAGAUGGACAGAGAGAAUGAGAGGAGGGAGAGAGAGAUGGACAGAGAGGGGUGCAGACUAAAGUGAGGUCAGGGUGUGUGAGGUAAGCAGCAUACGCCUCUGACCUGGAGCAUGUGGUUAAAUACCACUGAGCAGUGGCACUCAUCUUCUGCCUAACCUCAGUUGUGUGUGUGUGUGUCCGGCAUUGUCCCAGGCUUGUUGUGCGCAGCCCCCAUUUAGUACAAGGGUGUGUUGUGUCUGCAUGCACAUAUAGUGCCUUACAAAAGUAUUCAUCCCCUUUGACGUUUUUCCUAUUUUGUUGCAUUACAACCUGUCAUUUAAAUGUAUUUUUUAUUUGGAUUUCAUGUAAUGGACAUACACAAAAUAGUCCAAAUUGGUGAAGUGAAAUGAAAAAAAUACCUUGUUUCAAAAAAGUAUAAAAAAUAAAUAACAGAAAAGUGGUGCGUGCAUAUGUAUUCACCCCCUUUGCUAUGAAGACCCUAAAUAAGAUCUGGUGCAUCCAAUUACCUUCAGAAGUCACAAGUAGUUAAAUAAAGUCCACCUGUGUGCAAUCUAAGUGUCACAUGAUCUGUCACAUGAUCUCAGUGUAUAUAUACACCUGUUCUGAAAGGCCCCAGAGUCUGCAACACCACUAAGCAAGGGGCACCACCAAGCAAGCGGCACCAUGAAGACCAAGGAGCUCUCCAAACAGGUCAGGGACAAAGUUGUGGAGAAGUACAGAUCAGGGUUGGGUUAUAAAAAAAGAUCUGAAACUUUGAACAUCCCACGGAGCACCAUUAAAUCCAUUAUUAAAAAAUUUAACGAAUAUGGCACCACAACAAACCUGCCAAGAGAGGGCCGCCCACCAAAACUCACGGACCAGGCAAGGAGGGCAUUAAUCAGAGAGGAAACAAAGAGACCAAAGAUAACCCUGAAGGAGCUGCAAAGCUCCACAGCGGAGAUUGGAGUAUCUGUCCAUAGGACCACUUUAAGCCGUACACUCCACAGAGCUGGGCUUUAUGGAAGACUGGCAAGAAAAAAGCCAUUGUUUAAAGAAAGAAAUAAGCAAACACGUUUGGUGUUCGCCAAAAGGCAUGUGGGAGACUACCCAAACAUAUGGAAGAAGGUACUCUGGUCAGAUGAGACUAAAAUUGAGCUUUUUGGCCAUGAAGGAAAAUGCUAUGUCUGGCGCAAACCCAACACCUCUCAUCACCCCGAGAACACCAUCCCCACAGUGAAGCAUGGUGGUGGCAGCAUCAUGCUGUGGGGAUGUUUUUCAUCGGCAGGGACUGGGAAACUGGUCAGAAUUUGAAGGAAUGAUGGAUGGCGCUAAAUACAGGGAAAUUCUUGAGGGAAACCUGUUUCAGUCUUCCAGAGAUUUGAGACUGGGACGGAGGUUCACCUUCCAGCAGGACAAUGACCCUAAGCAUACUGCUAAAGCAACACUUGAGUGGUUUAAGGGGAAACAUUUAAAUGUCUUGGAAUGGCAUAGUCAAAGCCCAGACCUCAAUCCAAUUGGUAUGACUUAAAGAUUGUUGUACACCAGCGGAACCCAUCCAACUUGAAGGAGCUGGAGCAGUUUUGCCUUGAAGAAUGGGCAAAAAUCCCAGUGGCUAGAUGUGCCAAGCUUAUAGAGACAUACCCCAAGAUACUUGCAGCUGUAAUUCCUGCAAAAGUGGCUCUACAAAGUAUUGACUUUGUGGGGGUGAAUAGUUAUGCACGCUCAAGUUUUCUGUUUUUUUGUCUUAGUUUGUUUCACACAAAAAAAUAUUUUGCAUCUUCAAAGUGGUAGGCAUGUUGUGUAAAUCAAAUGAUACAAACCCCCCCCAAAAUCCAUUUUAAUUCCAGGUUGUAAGGCAACAAAAUAGGAAAAAUGCCAAGGGGGUGAAUACUUUUGCAAGCCACUGUAUGUAUGUGUGUGUGCAUGCAUGUGUGUCAGUAGUAUGUCCCUCCCUCAUGACAGUUUUAACCCCUCAGCUAUAAAUACCAGGUCACAAUAACCCCCAAUGGACCUUGUCACUCAGAUUCAUAUCACCACAAUCCCUUCUCCAAACCCCUGGAAACUCCACUAGCAUCCACAUUUAUAUUCCUUUGCCUCUAAAACAACAACAUCCUUGAUGUGUUUGUGUUCCCCCAACUACACAGAGAGGGGAACAACACCCAAAGUGCUUCAGACAGGCUCUGGGGAGAAGCAGGGUUCUCCUGGGAGGUGUUUGUUGAGAUUCUUUGCUUUUAGCAAGUGAAAGACUGUGCAGUUUUAAUGGUUGUGAUUCACCAUAAGUAUUUCAUUUGAGUUUUUUCCACUUCCUCUAGUGAGUGACGUAGAUGAGUGCAGAGUGAGUGACGUGUGAGUAGAGAGAAGAGAUGAGAGAGAUGAGAAGACGAAGAGUCUAGAGGUAGAGAGAGAGGAAGAUGCGGAGGAGAUAGACACUAGAGCGCCUUCUCGAGCCUCGAGCUAGUCGCGCCUAGCUCUCCUCUCUCGAGCCGCUCUGACCUCUCUCCGCUCGCCUCUCUCUCAUCUCCUCGCGCUCUCUUCUCUCUCUCUCUCUCUCGAUCUCUCUAGCUCUCUCUCUCUGCUCCACGCGAGGACGCAGAGAGCGAGAGCUCGAGGAGAGAGUUUAUUUGUGUGUGUUGAAGUGUCCUUACUCUCCCUUCUUCUUUCCUUUCUUUUCUCUCCCCAGGUCCCUAUUCAGCCUGGCCAGUCUUUCAAGUUCACAGUCCUGGAGACCCUGGACCGCAUCAAGGAGGAGUUCCAGUUCCUCCAGGCUCAAUACCACAGGUGCUGUAUACUCACUCACUACCCUCCAUCUCACCUCAGGCCAAUAUAGACUAUAUUACAGAUGGUAUAUACACACCACCCUCCAUCUUAUCCCAUGCAGGCCUACAUAGACUCUAUAGGCACAAUCCUAACUUGAGAUCCUCAAAUCUUCUCUCAUAAACAUCAAUACACGAUUGAAGUAAAAGUCUGUGCUUCCCAUGUAUCUGUGUGUCUGAAGAUAGGAGACUGAGGGUUGUGUCCUAUAUGAAUUCUACCAAUUAAGGUGCCUCAGGGGAGAACAGUCCGUACUCCUCUCUCCAAAGGACUGGGGGAUCCCCCUGGGAAACACUGCAACACGUCUGCUGCUCCUCUUAUUAGUCUAUGAAAUAUUAUACAGGCUAGAUUAGACAUCAGCCGUAAUUGUACUGUAUGUGUAUGUGAAAGCCAAGGACGGGUGCAGUGAACUAUAUUGUUGUUAUAACACAGUCAGAUCAUAUGCAGGUACAGAUUCUAACCUUAUCCAUCUUAGUCUUAAUGACACAGUGGCAGGGUGUUAGCCUGGUCCCAGAUCUGUUUGUGCUGUUUUGCCAACUCCUAUGUCUUUGUCAUGCAUAGGAGUUGACAGGACCGCACAAACACCAGGCUAGCAGGGUGUGGUGAUAUGGGUCUAUACUCCAUAUCAUAGCAGAGUGAUGGUGUGUUUUAUCAGAGAGAUAGUCUGAGUAGAGUUGACCUGCAGUGACCUUGGUGCUGAGAGCCCAGCUUCACAGCAGGAGCUGAAUACUCAUGGCCAUAUCUCUCUCGGUCACAUAUCUGUGAACAGUGUGCUGAAACUAACAUCGUUCUGCAAUAUUAAAGCUGAUCUACCCCCUAAAAAAAUAUAUAUAUGUACACUACCAGUCAAAAGUUUGGACACACCUACUCAUUCAAGGGUUUUUCUUUAUUUAUACUAUUUUUUACAUUGUAGAAUAAUAGUGAAGACAUCAAAACUAUGAAAUAACACAUAUGGAAUCAUGUAGUAACCAAAAAAGUGUUAAACAAAUCAAAAUAUAUUUUAUAUUUCAGAUUCUUAAAAUAGCCACCCUUUGCUUUGAUGACAGCUUUGCACACUCUUGGCAUUCUCUCAACCAGCUUCAUGAUAUAGUCACAUGGAAUGCAUUUAAAUUAACAGGUUUGCCUUCUUAAAAGUUAAUUUGUGGAAUUUAUUUCCUUCUUAAUGCGUUUGAGACAAUCAGUUGUGUUGUGACAAGGUAUGGGGGGGUAUACAGAAGAUAGCCUUAUUUGGUAAAAACAUUCAAGUCCAUAUUAUGGCAAGAACAGCUCAAAUAAGCAAAGAGAAACAACAGUCCAUCAUUACUUUAAGACAUGAAGGUCAGUCAAUACGGAACAUUUCAAGAACUUUCAAAGUUUCUUCAAGUGCAGUCACAAAAACCAUCAAGCGCUAUGAUGAAACUGGCUCUCAUGAGGACCGCCACAGGAAUCGAAGACCCAGAGUUACCUCUGCUGCAGAGGAUAAGUUCAUUAGAGUUACCAGUCUCAGAAAUUGCAGCCCAAAUAAAUGCUUCAGAGUUCAAGUAACAGACACAUCUCAACAUCAACUGUUCAGAGGAGACUGCGUGAAUCAGGCCUUCAUGGUCGAAUUGCUGCAAAGAAACCACUACUAAAGGACACCAAUAAGAAGAAGAGACUUGCUUGGGCCAAGAAACAUGAGCAAUGGACAUUAGACUGGUGAAAAUGUGUCCUUUGGUCUGGAGUCCAAAUUUGAGAUGUUUGGUUCCAACUGCCGUGGUGAACGGAUGAUCUCCGCAUGUGUAUUUCCCACCGUAAAGCAUGGAGGAGGAGGUGUUAUGGUGUGGGGGUGCUUUGCUGUCUGUGAUUUAUUUAGAAUUCAAGGCACACUUAACCAUCCCAUCUGGUUUGGGCUUAGUGGGACUAUCAUUUAUUUUUCAACAGGACAAUGACCCAACACCUCCAGGCCUUGUAAGGGCUAUUUUACCAAGAAGGAGAGUGAUGGAGUGGUACAUCAGAUGACCUGGCCUCCACAAUCAAUCGACCUCAACCCAAUUUAGAUGGUUUGGGAUGAGUCGGACCGCUGAGUGAAGGAAAAGCAGCCAACAAGUGCUCAGCAUAUGUGGGAACUCCUUCAAGAUUGUUGGAAAAGCAUUCGAGGUGAAGCUGGUUGAGAGAAUGCCGAGAGUGUGCAAAGCUGUCAAGGCUAUUUGAAGAAUCUCAAAUAUAAAAUAUAUUUUUAUUUGUUUAACACUUUUUUUGGUUACUACAUGAUUCCAUAUGUGUUAUUUCAUAGUUUUGAUGUCUUCACUAUUAUUCUACAAUGUAGAAAAUAGUAAAAAUAAAGAAAAACCCUUGAAUGAGUAGGUGUGUCCAUCUUUUGACUGGAACUCUAUAUAAAAAAAUGUAUAUAAAUCAUUCUCCCACUGCAACCUGGGUCCCAUCGGUCUCUCUGUCUGAUCGAUCUAGAUCCAUAACCUUUUCAGCUUUGACAAGAAGGAGAGAUUCAGGUGGAGCUGCAGGGUAGACCGACAUAGUAAGCUAUAGUGUAUGUCCUGCACUUGAUCAGUUUGUUGACGUGUGUGUGUGUUUGUUUCUGUGUUUUCUGUCAUGUGUGCGUUGCGUGCAUGGUUGCCUGUAUGUGUGUGUGUGUGUGUGUGUGUCUUGCCACUGCAGCCUGAAACUGGAGUGUGAGAAGCUGGCCAGUGAGAAGACAGAGAUGCAGAGACACUACAUCAUGGUGAGUUUGAUUCUAUUUGCACCACCACUAUUCUAUUUGCACUGAAGUCAAUCAGACAACAUGGAGAAGGAAGGCCCAGUCUCAGUCUGGCUUUACAAAUGGACCCCUGUCCACUACACCAACAUAGGAGGCUAUCUAGCUUGUUGAGGAGCAUCAUCUACAUUAGUUAGGAGGAUGAGACUGUCCAAAAACACUCUCUCCCUCUGCAACAGCUUGAGCCCCUCCACAUCUGUCUGCCUAAAGACUUGUAUAUAAAUAACUAUGUCUAAGUCUGUGGUACAGACACAGUCAGGACAGAACCUGAAUACGAUAUGAACCAUCUGCUGAGCAGCUCCCAUUUCAUCAACCUGAGAGAGAGAAUGAGACAUAGACGCACAGAUACAUGGGAAGAGCAGUGCACAGUGCAGUAUGGUAGACAGACACGACACUACCUCAGACUAAGAGUUAGGGCUGGGAAUUGCCUGGGACCUCACAAUACUAUAUUAUCACGAUGCUUAGGUGCCGAUGUAUUGCGAUUCCAUACUGUGAUUUCAUUGCGAUUCGAUGUUCCAAACAUAUUGCUCAUGUCUGCUGCAAAGGGACAAUAGAGUCAAGAGAAAAUGAGAAAUAAAAGUGCUGAAAACAAGUUGGCUUCCUAUUUAAAAAGAAGAUGGAGAACAAACUGUAUUGUUGGGGGAUUUGGAGGACCACAGUCAGUCAAUAGGAAAUAUCAUUGUGCUCUUGUGUAAAAUGUAUAUUUUUUGGGCAAUUUCGUCAGGAAUGUUGCAGGUGGGAGGUUCAAGUGCGACACCAUGGUAGAAUGGUGUGAUGUAUUGCAAUAGGAUUUUUUUUUACGCUACUACUACUCGCUGUUUAUUAUCUAUCCAUAGUCACUUUACCCCCACCUACAUGAACAUAUUACCUCGACUAACCUGUACCCCCGCACAUUGACUUGGUACCGGUACCCCCUGUAUAUAGCCUCGUUAUUGUUAUUUUAUUGUGUAACCUUUUUUAAACUUUACUUUAAAAAUAUAUAUUGUUGGUUAAGGGCUUGUAAGUAAGCAUUUCAUGGUAAGGUCUACACCUGUUGUAUUCCGCGCAUGUGAUGAAUAAAAUUAGAUUAGCUUAGAUUUGAAUUAUGAUUUACUGGGAAAGAUGGGUUGAUCUGUGGCUGUCUGAAGGUUGGAAUUAAUGAGUGUUGGAAUAAAUACAGUGCAUUCGGAAAGUAUUCAGACCCCUUGACUUUUUCAAAAUUUUGUUACGUUGCAGCCUCAUUCUAAAAUUGAUUAAAUUGAUUUUUUCCCUCAUCAGUCUACACACAAUACCCCAUAAUGACAAAGCAAAAACAGGUAUUUGUAAAUUUAUCACAUUGACAUAAGUAUUGAGACCCUUCACUCAGUACUUUGUUGAAGCACCUUUGGCAGUGAUUACAGCCUCAAGUCUUCUUGGGUAUGAUGCUACAAGCUUGGCACACCUGUAUUGGGGAAGUUUCUCCCAUUCUUCUCUGCAGUUCCUCUCAAGCUCUGUCAGGUUGGAUGGGGAGCGUUGCUGCACAGCUAUUUUCAGGUCUCUCCAGAGGUGUUCGAUCAGGUUCAAAUCUGGGCUCUGGCUGGGCCACUCAAGGACAUUCAGCGACUUGUCCCGAAGCCACUCCUGCGUUGUCUUGGAUGUGUGCUUAGGGUUCUUGUCCUGUUGGAAGGUGAACCUUCACCCCAGUCUGAGGUCCUGAGUGCUCUGGAGCAGGUGUUCAUCAAGGAUCUCUCUGUACUUUGCUCCGUUCAUCUUUCCCUUGAUCCUGACUAGUCUCCCAGUCCCUGCCGCUGAAAAACAUGAUGCUGCCACCACCAUUCUUCACCGUAGGGAUGGUGCCAGGUUUCCUCCAGACGUGACGCUUAGCAUUCAGGCCAAAGAGUUCAAUCUUGGUUUCAUCAGACCAGAGAAUCUUGUUUCUCGUGGUCUGAGAGUCUUUAGGUGCCUUUUGGCAAGCUCCAAGUGGGCUGUCAUGUGCCUUUCACUGAGGAGUGGCUUCCGUCUGGCCAUUCUACCAUAAAGGCCUGAUUGGUGGAGUUCUGCAGAGAUGGUUGUCCUUCUGAAACAGAGGAACUCUAGAGAUCUGUCAGAGUGACUAUCGGGUUCUUGGUCACCUCCCUGACCAAUGUCCUUCUCCCCCGAUUGCUCAGUUUGGCGGGGAGGCCAGCUCUAGGAAGACUAGAGCUUCAUCCAUUUUAGAAUGAUGGAGGCCUCUGUGUUCUUGGGGACCUUCAAUGCUGCAGACAUUUUUUGGUACCCUUCCCCAGAUCUGUGCCUCGACACAAUUCUGUCUCGGAGCUCUACGGACAAAUCCUUCGACCUCAUGGCUUGGUUUUUGCUCAGACAUGCACUGUCAACUGUGGGACCUUAUACAGGCAGGUGUGUGCUUUUCCAAAUCAUGUCCAUACACAAUCCAUGUCUCAGUUGUCUCAAGGCUUAAAAAUGUCAUACUUGAAUAAAAGUGAAGAUACCUUAAUAGAAAAUUCCUCUAGUAAAAGUUAAAGUCACCCAGUAAAAUACUAGUUUAGUAAAAGUAAAAGACAAUGCUUAAAUAUACUUAAUUAUCAAAAGUUAAAGGAAAUGCUAUAAAUCCUUUCAAAUCCCUUAUACUGUAUUAAGCAAACCAGACGGCAAGAUUUUCUCUUUUUUUUAAUUACAUUUAUGUAUAGCCAGGGGCACACUCCAACACUCAGACAUCAAUAACGAAUGCAGCAUUUGUGUUUAGUGAGUCCGCCAGAUCAGAGGCAGUAGGAAUGACCACGUGCUCUCUUGUUAAGUGCGUGAAUUAUAAAAAAUGUCCUGUCCUGCUAAGCAUUUGAAAUGUACUUUUGGGUGUCAGGGGAAAUGUAUGGGACUAAAAAUUACAUAUUUUCUUUAGGAAUGUAGUGGAGUAAAAGUAGUAAAAAAUAUAAAUAGUAAAGUACAGAUACCCCCCCCCAAAAUACUUUAGUACUUCAAAGUAUUUUUACUUAGUUACUUUACACCACUGGUCAGGCUGUCUGUAAUGCCUACUGUAUGGGCAGUGAUCUGGAGGAAGGGAGUGAGAGGGAGGGAGAAAUGGACUGAGGGAGGGAGGAUGAAAUGGAGGGAGAAAGACAUUGACAGGGGCUCAGGAGCGAGAAAGUAUUAUUUAAUUUCUUUUUAUGAAAAGAGAGGCUUAGAGAGAGGCAGCCAGUCAGAGAGAGUCGCUGAAAGAGCGAUAGAUCGAGAGAAGGAAAGAGAGACGGAGAGAGAGAGAGCGCAAGCAUAGACACGUAAAUAAUAUGAAGUAGCAAGGUCUCAGUGGCUCCACUGUAGGGCUAACCCAGAAGGCUAUAUUUAGGUAGUUAGACAGGCCUGUCAUGUAAACUAAGACUUGUUUCCACAGGCAGCCAGCAGCCCACUCUUUCUUUAGACUGCUUGUAUCAUUCAUUAUUCUGUAGAUUUAAAUACAAGGUACGGGAUGUUCCAGCCCGCUAACGUACUACUUCCAGGGAAUGAUUUACGACCUGGCUGAUGAUGAUUAUGAUGUUGAGCAUGGAAUAGACAUCAGGAUUAAUUUGGAGCAGCAUAUUGGAAUGUUGGCGCCAUAAAACGAGGUAAAAGUAUAAGCAGGCAGCAGGGUGUUUUGUACAUUUUGUUAAAUCUCUCUGCAGCUUUAUGCAUAAACUAUAUAGAACCCGUCUACUGUGGUAGUCUACAGAGACAUGAUCAAUGUGGAACUACAGUGGUUGUCACACACACACAUGAGAGAGGGUGUCUGCGGGUGCCUUGUAAUUCAUGGGGCUCAGAUUUCACAGUUCUCUCGGAAUCUCACAGUGUAUUUCUAAAUAAGACUACAUUGUUUCACUGUCCAAUCAGAGACUGAGAGGUGUGUGUGUGUGUGUGUUAGUAUGUGUGUGUAGUGUUUAUGUUUGAGAUAGAGGGGCACCGCAGGGGUCUGGUUUUAAUGACCAUCCAUGUGGUCACUCAUCCACUGUAACCCUGUGAGUCUGUUUGUGUGUGUUCGUAUGUGUGUGUGCUAUACAUCCCCGCGAGAGGGGGGAGGGAUGUGUGUAGGGGAGGGGAGGGGAGGGGGGGGUGGAUUAAUGCAGUGCUCUCAGCCUCUUACUCAUCUGUCUGAUUCAGGCUGACACACUGUUCCCUCUUCAGGAACAUUAAAGUCACAGAUUGCCAGAGAGAGAUGGAGGGAGUGUCAGAGGAAGGGGGGGGAGGAAGGAGAGAACCAGGGCUGAGGGAGGGAGGGAGGGGGGGAGGAAGGAGAGAACCAGGGCUGAGGAAGAGGGAGGGAGGGGGGAGGAAGGAGAGAACCAGGGCAGGAAGAGGGAAGGAGGGAGGAAGGGAUGGGGAUAGAAUUGUAAAAUGAUUGCUCCCCGGGUAAGCUAACCAUCUCUAUGACAUAUGAUACUGUGAGCUGAGGAUUUAGUGGGAAAAAAACAGGGGCCAGAUGUAGCUGAGGAUUGUGGCUGUUUUUAAGAGUCUUAAACCUGUCUGAACUGUCUGGUAACAUGGAGGAGCGCAGCAGCACACACAUAUUCACAACGAUUGGCUGCUGGGGGCUCCAUCAACAUAAGCCCCUCAUAUGCCCAACGAGAAAGGCCACUCCAAGGUACAGUGGGGGAAAAAAGUAUUUAGUCAGCCACCAAUUGUGCAAGUUCUCCCACUUAAAAAGAUGAGAGAGGCCUGUAAUAUUCAUCAUAGGUACACGUCAACUAUGACAGACAAAAUGAGGAAAAAAAAUCCAGAAAAUCACAUUGUAGGAUUUUUAAUGAAUUUAUUUGCAAAUGAUGGUGGAAAAUAAGUAUUUGGUCAAUACAAAAGUUUCUCAAUACUUUGUUAUAUACCCUUUGUUGGCAAUGACACAGGUCAAACGUUUUCUGUAAGUCUUCACAAGGUUUUCACACACUGUUGCUGGUAUUUUGGCCCAUUCCUCCAUGCAGAUCUCCUCUAGAGCAGUGAUGUUUUGGGGCUGUCGCUGGGCAACACAGACUUUCAACUCCCUCCAAAGAUUUUCUAUGGGGUUGAGAUCUGGAGACUGGCUAGGCCACUCCAGGACCUUGAAAUGCUUCUUACGAAGCCACUCCUUCGUUGCCCGGGCGGUGUGUUUGGGAUCAUUGUCAUGCUGAAAGACCCAGCCACGUUUCAUCUUCAAUGCCCUUGCUGAUGGAAGGAGGUUUUCACUCAAAAUCUCACGAUACAUGGCCCCAUUCAUUCUUUCCUUUACAUGGAUCAGUCGUCCUGGUCCCUUUGCAGAAAAACAGCCCCAAAGCAUGAUGUUUCCACCCCCAUGCUUCACAGUAGGUAUGGUGUUCUUUGGAUGCAACUCAGCAUUCUUUGUCCUCCAAACACGACGAGUUGAGUUUUUACCAAAAAGUUCUAUUUUGGUUUCAUCUGACCAUAUGACAUUCUCCCAAUCCUCUUCUGGAUCAUCCAAAUGCACUCUAGCAAACUUCAGACGGGCCUGGACAUGUACUGGCUUAAGCAGUGGGACACAUCUGGCACUGCAGGAUUUGAGUCCCUGGCGGCGUAGUGUGUUACUGAUGGUAGGCUUUGUUACUUUGGUCCCAGCUCUCUGCAGGUCAUUCACUAGGUCCCCCCGUGUGGUUCUGGGAUUUUUGCUCACCGUUCUUGUGAUCAUUUUGACCCCAUGGGGUGAGAUCUUGCGUGGAGCCCCAGAUCGAGGGAGAUUAUCAGUGGUCUUGUAUGUCUUCCAUUUCCUAAUAAUUGCUCCCACAGUUGAUUUCUUCAAACCAAGCUGCUUACCUAUUGCAGAUUCAGUCUUCCCAGCCUGGUGCAGGUCUACAAUUUUGUUUCUGGUGUCCUUUGACAGCUCUUUGGUCUUGGCCAUAGUGGAGUUUGGAGUGUGACUGUUUGAGGUUGUGGACAGGUGUCUUUUAUACUGAUAACAAGUUCAAACAGGUGCCAUUAAUACAGGUAACGAGUGGAGGACAGAGGAGCCUCUUAAAGAAGAAGUUACAGGUCUGUGAGAGCCAGAAAUCUUGCUUGUUUGUAGGUGACCAAAUACUUAUUUUCCACCAUAAUUUGCAAAUAAAUUCAUAAAAAAUCCUACAAUGUGAUUUUCUGGAUUUUUUUUCUCGCAAUUUGUCUGUCAUAGUUGACGUACCUAUGAUGAAAAUUACAGGCCUCUCUCAUCUUUUUAAAUGGGAGAACUUGCACAAUUGGUGGCUGACUAAAUACUUUUUUCCCCCACUGUAAAUCCAUUUUGGUUGGGAUUUGGUCAUAUUUCUCCAACUCUGAUGAUGAAACAAGUAAAGACUUUCUAACCUAAAUCUACUUUUAGGGAUUUAGUUAUUUCGCUAUGUAGAGUUAAAACAAAGCCAAAAGUCAGAUCUGGCUAGUCUUAAGGACAUGUGAGAACCGCUUGCUAAUAAUGUAUUACACUAACACACUGAUAGUAUCUGUCUGUAUGGGAGGAGAUGGAGAAGUGGAGAGACAGGCACACCUGAGGGACGCUGAUGAACAAUGCAAUCUACGUUCACGCACACACACACAUCCCAUUUAGCCAAAUCACCUUGGAUUAGAUGCACUCCACAAAGCUUCUUCUUAAGUCUGGAGGUUGCCUUAACAGAAUAGUAAAGACACAGGCUGGCUGGAGAGACAAUCUGACACUCACUCAACAUGAUGACUCACAGUGAAAUGGAGGAAGGGCAAACGAGAGCGCAAACACUCUGAGAUGAAUGGAAGAAUAGAGAGAGAGACGAAUAGCAGAGAGAGAGAAAGAAAAGCUGGUUGAAUGAAAUGAAGGAAUGCUUUAUAGUGGGUUUCUCAGAUGACAGUGUCUGAGUGUCAGACGAAGGGAUAGAGAGACCGAUAGGGGGUGGAUGUUGUUGAUGGUUGUGGACUAGUUAGCCAAUGAAAGAUAUCGUCUCACUACAGUAACCCAGCAGGGUCUAGCCUGAGGGCCCAACACACUCAUACACACACACACCCAGCCGCAUGGUCGAUCCGCGCAAGUUAAUGCACGCAUACACACACAUUCACUGACGAACCUACAUUACUGCGACACACAUACACACUCCUUUCUCUCUCUCCCUCAUUUUCUGUCUGUCGGUUGCUCUCUCUCAUACACACUGAUACACCCCCCCCCCCCCCCACCCUCGUUGUGGUGGUUGGGUGGGCGACGUCAGCAGGCUGGCUUACUGUUUCACCGCCGGGCUGAGCCUCUGCCACAUCCGCCACAUGCCGGGCACAAUCUGCUCCAGACUGACACGCACACACGCACGCACAUACCAGGGAUUAUACACACGGCGCUCAAUGAGAAUGCACUGACACGAGGGAGAGAUUAUAUAAGGGCGGGAGGAGGGGGCAGGCAGGCAGACAGCUAGGGGAAGAUGAAGCCAUUAAGAAACAGAACAGACAAACCUGCACAACACUACAACAAAACUGCUCUGCUGUCUGUCUGUAGUAGAUCAGGCUUUAUAACAGCUCUGUGGCUGCCUGCUGCUGCUGUUGAGUUGCUGUUGUGUAGUGUUGGGGCUCUCAGCUAGCUUAGUUUAGCUUUUCACCUGGGAUCAUAAGGCUGCAUGGGGAUUUUAAGGCCGUUUUUUAUACCACUGAGAAUUAUACAGUGGAGCCUUGGAAUAGCAUGUCUGAAGUAGUGUGGGCGGCAGGUAGCUUAGUGGGUAAGAGCGUUGUGCCAGUAACCGAAAGGUUGCUGGUUCUAAUCCCCGAGCCGACUAGGUGAAAAAUCUGUCGAUGUGCCCUUAAGCAAGGCACUUAACCCUAAUUGCUCCUGUAAAUCGCUCUGGAUAAUGACGUAAAAUGUAGUGUUAUAGGAAUGUUUGCCAUUCAAAUUAAUGAGGGUAGAUAAGAUGAAUGAGAAUAUGUGCUGUUUAAAGAUGACAUGUAUUUUGGUGUGGUUGGGCUGGCCUGAUUCCUUGUAGUAACACAGUACCCCCCCCCCCCCCCCACACACACACACACACACCCAUACACACAUUCUCCUUAAAACUAUCUUUCCUAAAUCCAUGUGGAUUAUACAGUACUCCAAUGCCUCAUUGUUCACCUCUUUGCAUGGGUCCAGCCAUGUUGGUUCUCAAUAGAACCGUAUACAGAGUGUCUUUCAGCCUAUAGCAUGCUAUGUGGAGUAGUCUAAAGCCUUUACAAAAUCAUUACAUAGCCCUUAUUCCUCUAUACAGACUGCUCUGUGAAGAGGCUUGUGUUGUCCAGCAUACUGCCACAUUAACAUACUGCUGCUCAGAAAACUACUUACAGUAUCUAUUAUGAUAGCGAGAAAGAGGGAAAGAUAGAGUGAAUUAAUACGAAUGGUAAGAGAAAAAGAGAAACGAGAGAGAGGUGGAGGGAGGACAUGAUGAGAAGAGAUGGCACAAAAUAAAAUGGCUUUUAUGACGCUGAGGAGAGGGCCAGAGGAGAGGAUUCAGAGAUGGACAAAGAAAAGAAGAGGGCGUGCGUGCAUUGUACGUGUGUGUGUUCGUUAGAGACGGAGAAAGAAACAGAUACGCCAGAGAGAGAGAUCAAAAGCGAGAGAUGAAUAGAGAGAGAGAAAGAGACACACAGAUAGAAAGACGGAAAGCACGGAAGAUGUACAAAGUAAGAGAUUCAGGGAGGGAGAGAAGAGACAGAAAGACAGACAGAGAUCGAAACAGAGAGGAGAGAGAGAGAGAGUCCGUAGUCAGGUUUGAUGGUCAUCACUCUCGGUGCUGUUCAUGUGCCUGCUGAGACUGAGACUGGCUUUGUCACAAUGACUGAUCCUCCCUGUCUCUCCAGCCCUGGAUGGAAGUUAUUACUGCACAUUAUUGUGUGUACACACACCCACCCACGCUGGCACUGAGAGAGACAAACACAGCCUCAUACACACUGACGCACUCACAUUUCCACCAUGCACACACGAACGGACGCACACACACGAUUGAUCCCCUGAUUAUACAGUAUUUGAUUUAUUACCUCCAUAUACUUAUGUUGUUUUCUCUCUCUGCAGUACUAUGAGAUGUCCUAUGGGCUGAACAUUGAGAUGCACAAACAGGUAAGAUAGAUGUUACUGUCUGUCAGUAUUCCUGUGUGUGUUGUCUGGUCUGCUUCAGUGAUGGUCUUUACAGGGAGCAGCAGAGGACAGACACCACAAUCAGCAUCCGUUUCAGCCCUCCCUGGCAUGAGCCGCUUUCUCUAUCUCACACACCACACACACACACUCAAACUGAGUGUGUGUGUGUGUUCAUUUUAAAUUGGCCACAGUGGCUCUUGUGUGUGUGCGUUUCACAUGCAUGAAUUGUAGUAUUUCUCGUACUAUCUGAAAGAGUGUGUUUGUCACAGUAGGGUGUGUGUGUGUGUGGUGUGCAUAUGUGUGUGUGUGUGCGUCAUGAGCAGCAGAGUCCUGGCAGGCACCCCAUGUCCCUCUCUUUUCCUCACAUUUCAGCUAAUGUGCCAUUGACAGACACGUGGCAAAUUUUUGCAGAGUAAGCUUUGAGGCGCAUUAUCCACUUGACUGAUGCCUUCAUUCAAGGUGACUUCCAGCCUUCUACUCCGGCAUAACCGACUGCAGUGAAAAUGUCCGAUGGUGUUUAGCAGAAACAAACAGACCCAGUACCAAAGAUAGGGCUAGCAGAACGAGACCCAGUGAAACCAAGCCCCAGAACCACAGAUCCAAAGCUAACAGAACCAGAGCCACACAGUGUGUAGUGAAAGGGGGCCGUUAGCCAGUAGCCAGGCAGGCAGGGCAGAGCUCCACUGUAAGCUCUACUGUCACCACAGAGGAGACAUGAACAGAGAUCUGCCUGUACUACUCCAGAAAUGGAGAGAGGAGGGAUGGAGUGGGAGGGAGGGAGAGAGGAAGGGAAGGAGGGAAUGGAAGAGAGAGCAGCUGAGGAGAGCGAGGGGGGGUGGGACACAGGCAGGGGACACAGGAGAAGGGAGAGGAAGGCUGAGACAGUGAAAAGAGAGGGAGAGAGAGGUGUUGAGCAAGAAAGAGAGAGAGGGCGAGGGGGAAUUAAAUAGAGAGAGUGUGAUAUGAGAGAGAAAAAGAGAUGGUUAAAAAAAGAGCCAGAUAGAGAGGAAGGAUGAAAGAGAGGGUGAAAGAAAGAAACAAGAGCGAGAGUGCACCGAGAAACGACAAAGGGAGCUUUGAGCUCUGGCGAGGAAUAAUGAAUCAUGAAUACAUUUAGCAGUAUCUGCUCUUAUUUCCUCUCUUCCCAGCCCUAGUCGUGUGCCAUUACUCUCCACCUUUUCUCCUGUGCUGCUGCCAUUAAUUGAGCCAUCGCAGUCACUCGCUGUCUCCAGGAGUCACGAGUCCCUUUAGCUUCUACUGAUCAGGGAGGGAUGUGUAUAGGAGAGGAUUUGGAGGGAAUGGGCCGGCUGCCAACAAGGCUACUGAUACUAACUGAUCUGAUACUAUCUAUCUGUGUGUGUGUUCUGUCUGCCCCUCCCUUCCUGCCGUGGAGAUGGUGAUCAGUGAUCGGCCAUGGCAUUAUGGUGGCUUUAGACUGGAACACAGCUAACGGAGCACAGCAUAACCUGUCUGCCUCACUGGGAGAAAGAUACUGUAUGUAGGACAACUGAAGGAUUGGUAGACUGGGGUUACAUAUUCAGUGAUAUACAGUAUAUGUCGGCAGCAAUACAGUCAUGUCAACACGUGAUGUUUUAGGUCUGCAGACUGCUAGUUAUAUAUUCCAUGCUAUACGUUCUCAGAAGUCUCAUGGAUAUACGUCCAAAAGAAGCCUCAGUACAGGGGUUGAAUAUGCAGUGAUAUACAGUGCAUUCGGAAAGUAUUCAGACCCCUUCCCUUUUUCCACAUUUUCUUACAUUACAGCCUAAAAUUGAUUAAAUAAAUGUUUUUCCUCAUCAAUAUACACAAUACCCCAUAAUUACAAAACGGAAACAGGUUUUUAGAAAUGUUUGCAAAACAUGUUUGAAAUGUUUGAAAAACAGAAAUACCUUAUUUACAUAAGUAUUCAGACCCUUUGCUAUGAGACUCGAAAUUGAGCUCCGGUGCAUCCUGUUUCCAUUGAUCAUCCUUGAGAUGUUUUCUACAACUUGAUUGGAGUCCACCUGUGGUAAAUUCAAUUGAUUGGACAUGAUUUGGAAAGGCACACACCUGUCUAUAUAAGGUCCCACAGUUGACAGUGCAUGUCAGAGCAAAAACCAAGCCAUGAUGUUGAAGGAAUUGUCCGUAGAGCUCAGAGAAAUAUCUGCAACAUUGAAGGUCCCCAAGAACACAGUGGCCUCAUUCAUUCUUAAAUGGAAGAAGUUUGGAACCACCAAGACUCUUCCUAGAGCUGGCCGCCAGGCCAAACUGAGCAAUCAGGGAAGAAGGGCUUUGGUCAGGGAGGUGACCAAGAACCCGAUGGUCACUAUGACAGAUCUCCAGAGUUCACUGUGGAGAUGGAAGAACCUUCCAGAAGGACUACCAUCUCUGCAGCACUCCACCAAUCAGGCCUUUAUGGUAGAGUGGCCAGACGGAAGCCACUCCUCAGUAAAAGGCACAUGACAGCCCACUUGGAGUUUGCCAAAAGGCACCUAAAGGACUCUCAGACCAUGAGAAACAAGAUUCUCUGGUCUGAUGAAACCAAGAUUGAACUCUUUGGCCUGAAUGCCAAGCAUCACGUCUGGAGGAAAACCUGGCACCAUCCUUACGGUGAAGCAUGGUGGUGGCAGCACUGUGCUUUGGGGAUGUUUUUCAUUGGCAGGGACUGGGAGACUAGUUAGGAUCGAGGGAAAGAUAAAUAGAGCAAAGUACAGAGAGAUCCUUGAUGAAAACCUGCUCCAGAGCGCUCAGGACCUCAGAUUGGGCCGAAUGUUCACCUUCCAACAGGACAACGACCCUAAGCACACAGCCAAGACAACACAGGAGUGGCUUCGGGACAAGUCUCUGAAUGUCCAUUAGUGGCCCAGCCAGAGCCCGGACUUGAACCCGAUCGAACAUCUCUGGAGAGACCUGAAAAUAGUCCUGUGUAGCUCAGUUGGUAGAGCAUGGCGCUUGCAAUGCCAGGGUUGUGGGUUCGAUUCCCACGGGGGGGCAGUAUGAAAAUGUAUGCACUCACUAACUGUAAGACGCUCUGGAUAAGAGCGUCUGCUAAAUGACUAAAAUGUAAAAUAGCUGUGCAGCGACGCUCCCCAUCCAACCUGACAGAGCUUGAGAGGAUCUGCAGAGAAGAAUGAGAGAAACUCCCCAGAUACAGGUGUGCCAAGCUUAUAGCGUCAUACCCAAGAAGACUCAAGGCUGUAAUCACUGCCAAAGGUACUUCAACAAAGUGCUGCGUAAAGGGUCUGAAUACUUAUGUAAAUGUGAUAUUUCCGUUUUUUAUUUGUAAUACAUUUGCUUUGUCAUUAUGGGGUAUUGUGUGUAGAGUGAUGAGGGAAAAAAAACAAUAUAAUCAAUUUUAGAAUAAGGAUGUAAAGUAACAAAAUGUGGAAAAAGUCAAGGGUUCUGAAUACUUUCCGAAUGCACUAUACGUAGGUCUGCAGAAGGCUAGUUACAUUUUACAGUGAGGGAAAAAAGUAUUUGAUCCCCUGCUGAUUUUGUACAUUUGCCCACUGACAAAGAAAUUAUCAGUCUAUAAUUUUAAUGGUAGGUUUAUUUGAACAGUGAGAAACAGAAUAACAACAAAAAAAUCCAGAAAAAUGCAUGUCAGAAAUGUUAUAAAUUGAUUUGCAUUUAAAUGAGGGAAAUAAGUAUUUGACCCCUCUGCAAAACAUGACUUAGUACUUGGUGGCAAAACCCUUGUUGGCAAUCACAGAGGUCAGACGUUUCUUGUAGUUGGCUACCAGGUUUACACACAUCUCAGGAGGGAUUUUGUCCCACUCCUCUUUGCAGAUCUUCUCCAAGUCAUUAAGGUUUCGAGGCUGACAUUUGGCAACUCGAACCUUCAGCUCCCUCCACAGAUGUUCUACGGGAUUAAGGUCUGGAGACUGGCUAGGCCACUCUAGUACCUUAAUGUGCUUCUUCUUGAGCCACUCCUUUGUUGCCUUGGCCGUGUGUUCUGGGUCAUUGUCAUGCUGGAAUAUCCAUCCACGACCCAUUUUCAAUGCCCUGGCUGAGGGAAAGAGGUUCUCACCCAAGAUUUGACGGUACAUGGCCCCGUCAAUCGUCCCUUUUGAUGCGGUGAAGUUGUCCUGUCCCCUUAGCAGAAAAACACCCCCAAAGCAUAAUGUUUCCACCUCCAUGUUUGACGGUGGGGAUGGUGUUCUUGGGGUCAUAGCCAGCAUUCCUCCACAUCCAAACUUUGCGAGUUGAGUUGAUGCCAAAGAGCUCCAUUUUGGUCUCAUCUGACCACAACACUUUCACCCAGUUCUCCUCUGAAUCAUUCAGAUGUUCAUUGGCAAACUUCAGACGGGCAUGUAUAUGUGCUUUCUUAAGCAGGGGGACCUUGCGGGUGCUGCAGGAUUUCAGUCCAUCACGGCGUAGUUUGUUACCAAUUGUUUUCUUGGUGACUAUGGUCCCAGCUGCCUUGAGAUCAUUUACAAGAUCCUCCCGUGUAGUUCUGGGCUGAUUCCUCACCGUUCUCAUGAUCAUUGCAACUCCACGAGGUGAGAUCUUGCAUGGAGCCCCAGGCCGAGGGAGAUCGAGUAAUUGAUCUGCAUGGAGCCCCAGGCAUCGAGUAAUUGUCUCUGGCCCCCUCCCAGUUAGGGGAAGUGACGAGCUCUACAGCAGAGUCUCAGCACCCAUCGCUGGUUUGAAAACUGUUUUUUCUGCCCCUCCCAAAAGAUAACAUUGUGGAUAAUGGCCCUCUUUCUGGGACUCACCCCAAACAGGACCAAGCCUGACCUCUGAGGAGUGACGGACUCCAUCCUAGCUGGGAAGGGGGCUCCCCCUCUUAUCUACCCCAGUACUUGUGUGUACACACACCCACCCCACGCUGGCACUGAGAGAGACAAACACAGCCUCAUACACACUGACGCACUCACAUUUCCACCAUGCACACACGAACGGACGCACACACACGAUUGAUCCCCUGAUUAUACAGUAUUUGAUUUAUUACCUCCAUAUACUUAUGUUGUUUUCUCUCUCUGCAGUACUAUGAGAUGUCCUAUGGGCUGAACAUUGAGAUGCACAAAACAGGUAAGAUAGAUGUUACUGUCUGUCAGUAUUCCUGUGUGUGUUGUCUGGUCUGCUUCAGUGAUGGUCUUUACAGGGAGCAGCAGAGGACAGACACCACAAUCAGCAUCCGUUUCAGCCCUCCCUGGCAUGAGCCGCUUUCUCUAUCUCACACACCACACACACACACUCAAACUGAGUGUGUGUGUGUGUUCAUUUUAAAUUGGCCACAGUGGCUCUUGUGUGUGUGCGUUUCACAUGCAUGAAUUGUAGUAUUUCUCGUACUAUCUGAAAGAGUGUGUUUGUCACAGUAGGGUGUGUGUGUGUGUGGUGUGCAUAUGUGUGUGUGUGUGCGUCAUGAGCAGCAGAGUCCUGGCAGGCACCCCAUGUCCCUCUCUUUUCCUCACAUUUCAGCUAAUGUGCCAUUGACAGACACGUGGCAAAUUUUUGCAGAGUAAGCUUUGAGGCGCAUUAUCCACUUGACUGAUGCCUUCAUUCAAGGUGACUUCCAGCCUUCUACUCCGGCAUAACCGACUGCAGUGAAAAUGUCCGAUGGUGUUUAGCAGAAACAAACAGACCCAGUACCAAAGAUAGGGCUAGCAGAACGAGACCCAGUGAAACCAAGCCCCAGAACCACAGAUCCAAAGCUAACAGAACCAGAGCCACACAGUGUGUAGUGAAAGGGGGGCCGUUAGCCAGUAGCCAGGCAGGCAGGGCAGAGCUCCACUGUAAGCUCUACUGUCACCACAGAGGAGACAUGAACAGAGAUCUGCCUGUACUACUCCAGAAAUGGAGAGAGGAGGGAUGGAGUGGGAGGGAGGGAGAGAGGAAGGGAAGGAGGGAAUGGAAGAGAGAGCAGCUGAGGAGAGCGAGGGGGGGUGGGACACAGGCAGGGGACACAGGAGAAGGGAGAGGAAGGCUGAGACAGUGAAAAGAGAGGGAGAGAGAGGUGUUGAGCAAGAAAGAGAGAGAGGGGCGAGGGGGAAUUAAAUAGAGAGAGUGUGAUAUGAGAGAGAAAAAGAGAUGGUUAAAAAAAGAGCCAGAUAGAGAGGAAGGAUGAAAGAGAGGGUGAAAGAAAGAAACAAGAGCGAGAGUGCACCGAGAAACGACAAAGGGAGCUUUGAGCUCUGGCGAGGAAUAAUGAAUCAUGAAUACAUUUAGCAGUAUCUGCUCUUAUUUCCUCUCUUCCCAGCCCUAGUCGUGUGCCAUUACUCUCCACCUUUUCUCCUGUGCUGCUGCCAUUAAUUGAGCCAUCGCAGUCACUCGCUGUCUCCAGGAGUCACGAGUCCCUUUAGCUUCUACUGAUCAGGGAGGGAUGUGUAUAGGAGAGGAUUUGGAGGGAAUGGGCCGGCUGCCAACAAGGCUACUGAUACUAACUGAUCUGAUACUAUCUAUCUGUGUGUGUGUUCUGUCUGCCCCUCCCUUCCUGCCGUGGAGAUGGUGAUCAGUGAUCGGCCAUGGCAUUAUGGUGGCUUUAGACUGGAACACAGCUAACGGAGCACAGCAUAACCUGUCUGCCUCACUGGGAGAAAGAUACUGUAUGUAGGACAACUGAAGGAUUGGUAGACUGGGGUUACAUAUUCAGUGAUAUACAGUAUAUGUCGGCAGCAAUACAGUCAUGUCAACACGUGAUGUUUUAGGUCUGCAGACUGCUAGUUAUAUAUUCCAUGCUAUACGUUCUCAGAAGUCUCAUGGAUAUACGUCCAAAAGAAGCCUCAGUACAGGGGUUUGAAUAUGCAGUGAUAUACAGUGCAUUCGGAAAGUAUUCAGACCCCUUCCCUUUUUCCACAUUUUCUUACAUUACAGCCUAAAAUUGAUUAAAUAAAUGUUUUUCCUCAUCAAUAUACACAAUACCCCAUAAUUACAAAACGGAAACAGGUUUUUAGAAAUGUUUGCAAAACAUGUUUGAAAUGUUUGAAAAACAGAAAUACCUUAUUUACAUAAGUAUUCAGACCCUUUGCUAUGAGACUCGAAAUUGAGCUCCGGUGCAUCCUGUUUCCAUUGAUCAUCCUUGAGAUGUUUCUACAACUUGAUUGGAGUCCACCUGUGGUAAAUUCAAUUGAUUGGACAUGAUUUGGAAAGGCACACACCUGUCUAUAUAAGGUCCCACAGUUGACAGUGCAUGUCAGAGCAAAAACCAAGCCAUGAUGUUGAAGGAAUUGUCCGUAGAGCUCAGAGAAAUAUCUGCAACAUUGAAGGUCCCCAAGAACACAGUGGCCUCAUUCAUUCUUAAAUGGAAGAAGUUUGGAACCACCAAGACUCUUCCUAGAGCUGGCCGCCAGGCCAAACUGAGCAAUCAGGGAAGAAGGGCUUUGGUCAGGGAGGUGACCAAGAACCCGAUGGUCACUAUGACAGAUCUCCAGAGUUCACUGUGGAGAUGGAAGAACCUUCCAGAAGGACUACCAUCUCUGCAGCACUCCACCAAUCAGGCCUUUAUGGUAGAGUGGCCAGACGGAAGCCACUCCUCAGUAAAAGGCACAUGACAGCCCACUUGGAGUUUGCCAAAAGGCACCUAAAGGACUCUCAGACCAUGAGAAACAAGAUUCUCUGGUCUGAUGAAACCAAGAUUGAACUCUUUGGCCUGAAUGCCAAGCAUCACGUCUGGAGGAAACCUGGCACCAUCCUUACGGUGAAGCAUGGUGGUGGCAGCACUGUGCUUUGGGGAUGUUUUUCAUUGGCAGGGACUGGGAGACUAGUUAGGAUCGAGGGAAAGAUAAAUAGAGCAAAGUACAGAGAGAUCCUUGAUGAAAACCUGCUCCAGAGCGCUCAGGACCUCAGAUUGGGCCGAAUGUUCACCUUCCAACAGGACAACGACCCUAAGCACACAGCCAAGACAACACAGGAGUGGCUUCGGGACAAGUCUCUGAAUGUCCAUUAGUGGCCCAGCCAGAGCCCGGACUUGAACCCGAUCGAACAUCUCUGGAGAGACCUGAAAAUAGUCCUGUGUAGCCUCAGUUGGUAGAGCAUGGCGCUUGCAAUGCCAGGGUUGUGGGUUCGAUUCCCACGGGGGGGCAGUAUGAAAAUGUAUGCACUCACUAACUGUAAGACGCUCUGGAUAAGAGCGUCUGCUAAAUGACUAAAAUGUAAAAUAGCUGUGCAGCGACGCUCCCCAUCCAACCUGACAGAGCUUGAGAGGAUCUGCAGAGAAGAAUGAGAGAAACUCCCCAGAUACAGGUGUGCCAAGCUUAUAGCGUCAUACCCAAGAAGACUCAAGGCUGUAAUCACUGCCAAAGGUACUUCAACAAAGUGCUGCGUAAAGGGUCUGAAUACUUAUGUAAAUGUGAUAUUUCCGUUUUUUAUUUGUAAUACAUUUGCUUUGUCAUUAUGGGGUAUUGUGUGUAGAGUGAUGAGGGAAAAAAAACAAUAUAAUCAAUUUUAGAAUAAGGAUGUAAAGUAACAAAAUGUGGAAAAAGUCAAGGGUUCUGAAUACUUUCCGAAUGCACUAUACGUAGGUCUGCAGAAGGCUAGUUACAUUUUACAGUGAGGGAAAAAAGUAUUUGAUCCCCUGCUGAUUUUGUACAUUUGCCCACUGACAAAGAAAUUAUCAGUCUAUAAUUUUAAUGGUAGGUUUAUUUGAACAGUGAGAAACAGAAUAACAACAAAAAAAUCCAGAAAAAUGCAUGUCAGAAAUGUUAUAAAUUGAUUUGCAUUUAAAUGAGGGAAAUAAGUAUUUGACCCCUCUGCAAAACAUGACUUAGUACUUGGUGGCAAAACCCUUGUUGGCAAUCACAGAGGUCAGACGUUUCUUGUAGUUGGCUACCAGGUUUACACACAUCUCAGGAGGGAUUUUGUCCCACUCCUCUUUGCAGAUCUUCUCCAAGUCAUUAAGGUUUCGAGGCUGACAUUUGGCAACUCGAACCUUCAGCUCCCUCCACAGAUGUUCUACGGGAUUAAGGUCUGGAGACUGGCUAGGCCACUCUAGUACCUUAAUGUGCUUCUUCUUGAGCCACUCCUUUGUUGCCUUGGCCGUGUGUUCUGGGUCAUUGUCAUGCUGGAAUAUCCAUCCACGACCCAUUUUCAAUGCCCUGGCUGAGGGAAAGAGGUUCUCACCCAAGAUUUGACGGUACAUGGCCCCGUCAAUCGUCCCUUUUGAUGCGGUGAAGUUGUCCUGUCCCCUUAGCAGAAAAACACCCCCAAAGCAUAAUGUUUCCACCUCCAUGUUUGACGGUGGGGAUGGUGUUCUUGGGGUCAUAGCCAGCAUUCCUCCACAUCCAAACUUUGCGAGUUGAGUUGAUGCCAAAGAGCUCCAUUUUGGUCUCAUCUGACCACAACACUUUCACCCAGUUCUCCUCUGAAUCAUUCAGAUGUUCAUUGGCAAACUUCAGACGGGCAUGUAUAUGUGCUUUCUUAAGCAGGGGGACCUUGCGGGUGCUGCAGGAUUUCAGUCCAUCACGGCGUAGUUUGUUACCAAUUGUUUUCUUGGUGACUAUGGUCCCAGCUGCCUUGAGAUCAUUUACAAGAUCCUCCCGUGUAGUUCUGGGCUGAUUCCUCACCGUUCUCAUGAUCAUUGCAACUCCACGAGGUGAGAUCUUGCAUGGAGCCCCAGGCCGAGGGAGAUCGAGUAAUUGAUCUGCAUGGAGCCCCAGGCAUCGAGUAAUUGUCUCUGGCCCCCUCCCAGUUAGGGGAAGUGACGAGCUCUACAGCAGAGUCUCAGCACUCAAUCGCUGGUUGAAAACUGUUUUCUGCCCCUCCCAAAAGAUAACAUUUGUGGAUAAUUGGCCCUCUUUCUGGGACUCACCCACAAACAGGACCAAGCCUGACCUGCUGAGGAGUGACGGACUCCAUCCUAGCUGGAAGGGUGCUCUCCUCUUAUCUACCAACAUAGAUAGGGCUCUAACUCCUCUAGCCCCACAGUGAAAUAGGGUGCAGGCCAGGCAGCAGGCUGUUAGCCAACCUGCCAGCUUAGUGGAGUCUGCCAAUAGCACAGUCAGUGUAGUCAGCUCAGCCAUACCCAUUGAGACUGUGUCUGUGCCUCGACCUAGGUUGGGCAAAACUAAACAUGGCGGUGUUCACCCUAGCAAUCUUAUUAGGAUAAAGACCUCCUCCAUUCCUGCCAUUAUUGAAAGAGAUCGUGAUACCUCACAUCUCAAAAUAGGGUUACUUAAUGUUAGAUCCCUCACUUCAAAGGCAGUCAUAGUCAAUGAACUAAUCACUGAUCAUAAUCUUGAUGUGAUUGGCCUGACUGAAACAUGGCUUAAGCCUGAUGAAUUUGCUGUGUUAAAUGAGGCCUCACCUCCUGGUUACACUAGUGACCAUAUUCCCCGUGCAUCCCGCAAAGGCGGAGGUGUUGCUAACAUUUACGAUAGCAAAUUUCAAUUUACAAAAAAAAAAAUGGCGUUUUCGUCUUUUGAGCUUCUAGUCAUGAAAUCUAUGCAGCCUACUCAAUCACUUUUUAUAGCUACUGUUUACAGGCCUCCUGGGCCAUAUACAGCGUUCCUCUCUGAGUUUCCUGAAUUCCUAUCAGACCUUGUAGUCAUAGCAGAUCAUAUUCUAAUUUUUGGUGAUUUUAAUAUUCACAUGGAGAAGUCCACAGACCCACUCCAAAAGUCUUUCGGAGCCAUCAUCGACUCAGUGGGUUUUGUCCAACAUGUCUCUGGACCUACUCACUGCCACAGUCAUACUCUGGACCUAGUUUUGUCCCAUGGAAUAAAUGUUGUAGAUCUUAAUGUUUUUCCACAAAAUCCUGGACUAUCGGACCACCAUUUUAUUACGUUUGCAAUCGCAACAAAUAAUCUGCUCAGACCCCAACCAAGGAGCAUCAAAAGUCGUGCUAUAAAUUCUCAGACAACACAAAAAUUCCUUGAUGCCCUUCCAGACUCCUUCUGCCUACCCAAGGACGUCAGAGGACAAAAAUCAGUUAACCACUUAACUGAGGAACUCAAUUUAACCUUGCGCAAUACCCUAGAUGCAGUUGCACCCCUAAAAACGAAAAACAUUUGUCAUAAGAAACUAGCUCCCUGGUAUACAGAAAAUACCCGAGCUUUGAAGCAAGCUUCCAGGAAAUUGGAACGGAAAUGGCGCCACACCAAACUGGAAGUCUUCCGACUAGCUUGGAAAGACAGUACCGUGCAGUACCGAAGAGCCCUCACUGCUGCUCGAUCAUCCUACUUUUCCAACUUAAUCGAGGAAAAUAAGAACAAUCCAAAAUUUCUUUUUGAUACUGUUGCAAAGCUAACUAAAAAGCAGCAUUCCCCAAGAGAGGAUGGCUUUCACUUCAGCAGUAAUAAAUUCAUGAACUUCUUUGAGGAAAAGAUCAUGACCAUUAGAAAGCAAAUUACGGACUCCUCUUUGAAUCUGCGUAUUCCUCCAGGGCUUAGCUGUCCUGGAUCUGCACAGCUCUGCGAGGGCCUGGGAUCGGGAGAGACACUUAAGUGUUUUAGUACUAUAUCUCUUGACACAAUGAUGAAAAUAAUCAUGGCCUCUAAACCUUCAAGCUGCAUACUGGAUCCUAUUCCUACUAAACUGCUGAAGGAGCUGCUUCCUGUGCUUGGCCCUCCUAUGUUGAACAUAAUAAACAGCUCUCUAUCCACCGGAUGUGUACCAAACUCACUAAAAGUGGCAGUGAUAAAGCCUCUCUUGAAAAAGCCAAACCUUGACCCGGAAAAUAUAAAAAACUAUCGGCCUAUAUCGAAUCUUCCAUUCCUCUCAAAAAUUUUAGAAAAAGCUGUUGCGCAGCAACUCACUGCCUUUCUGAAGACAAACAAUGUAUACGAAAUGCUUCAGUCUGGUUUUAGACCCCAUCAUAGCACUGAGACUGCACUUGUGAAGGUGGUAAAUGACCUUUUAAUGGCGUCAGACCGAGGCUCUGCAUCUGUCCUCGUGCUACUAGACCUUAGUGCUGCCUUUGACACCAUCGAUCACCACAUUCUUUUGGAGAGACUGGAAACCCAAAUUGGUCUACACGGACAAGUUCUGGCCUGGUUUAGAUCUUACCUGUCGGAAAGAUAUCAGUUUGUCUCUGUGAAUGGUCUGUCCUCCGACAAAUCAACUGUACAUUUCGGUGUUCCUCAAGGUUCCGUUUUAGGACCACUAUUGUUUUCACUAUAUAUUUUACCUCUUGGGGAUGUUAUUCGAAAACAUAAUGUUAACUUUCACUGCUAUGCGGAUGACACACAGCUGUACAUUUCAAUGAAACAUGGUGAAGCCCCAAAAUUGCCCUCGCUAGAAGCCUGUGUUUCAGACAUAAGGAAGUGGAUGGCUGAAAACGUUCUACUUUUAAACUCGGACAAAACAGAGAUGCUUGUUCUAGGUCCCAAGAAACAAAGAGAUCUUCUGUUAAAUCUGACAAUUCAUCUUGAUGGUUGUAAAGUCGUCUCAAAUAAAACUGUGAAGGACCUCAGCGUUACUCUUGACCCUGAUCUCUCUUUUGACGAACAUAUCAAGACUGUUUCAAGGACAGCUUUUUUCCAUCUACGUAACAUUGCAAAAAUCAGAAAUCUUCUGUCCAAAAAUGAUGCAGAAAAAUUAAUCCAUGCAUUUGUUACUUCUAGGUUAGACUACUGCAAUGCUCUACUUUCCGGCUACCCGGAUAAAGCACUAAAUAAACUUCAGUUAGUGCUAAAUACGGCUGCUAGAAUCCUGACUAGAACCAAGAAAUUUGAUCAUAUUACUCCAGUGCUAGCUUCCCUACACUGGCUUCCUGUUAAGGCAAGGGCUGAUUUCAAGGUUUUACUGUUAACCUAUAAAGCGUUACAUGGGCUUGCUCCUACCUAUCUUUCCGAGUUGGUCCUGCCGUACAUACCAAUACGUACGCUACGGUCACAAGACGCAGGCCUCCUAAUUGUCCCUAGAAUUUCUAAGCAAACAGCGGGAGGCAGGGCUUUCUCCUAUAGAUCUCCAUUUUUAUGGAACAGUCUGCCUACCCAUGUGAGAGACGCAGACUCGGUCUCAACCUUUAAGUCUUUACUGAAGACUUAUCUCUUCAGUAGGUCAUAUGAUUGAGUGUAGUCUGGCCCAGGAGUGUGAAGGUGAACGGAAAGGCUCUGGAGCAACGAACAGCCCUUGCUGUCUCUGCCAGGCCGGUUCCCCUCUCCACUGGGGUUCUCUGCCUCUAACCCUGUUGCAGGGGCUGAGUCACUGGCUUGCUGGUGCUCUUUCAUGCCGUCCCUGGGAGGGGUGCGUCACUUGAGUGGGUUGAGUUACUGACGUGAUCUUCCUGUCUGGGUUGGCGCCCCCCCUUGGUUUGUGCUGUGGUGGAGACCUCUGUGGGCUAUACUCGGCCUUGUCUCAGGAUUGUAAGUUGGUGGUUGGGGAUAUCCCUCUAGUGGUGCGGGGGCUGUGCUUUGGCAGAGUGGGUGGGGUUAUAUCCUUCCUGUUUGGCCCUGUCCGGGGGUUUCUUCGGAUGGGGCCACAGUGUCUCCGGACCGCUCCUGUCUCAGCCUCCAGUAUUUAUGCUGCAGUAGUUUAUGUGUCGGGGGGCUGGGGUUAGUUGGUUAUACCUGGAGUACUUCUCCUGUCUUAUCCAGUGUCCUGUGUGAAUUUAAGUAUGCUCUCUCUAAUUCUCUCGUUCUCUCUUUCUCUCUGAGAACCUGAGCCCUAGGACCAUACGUCAGGACUACCGGGCAUGAUGACACCUUGCUGUCCCCAGUCCGCCUGGCCUUGCUGCUAUUCCAGUUUCAACUGUUCUGCCUGCGGUUACGAAACCCCUACCUGUCCCAGACCUGCUGUUUUCAACUCUUAAUGAUCGGCUAUGAAAAGCCAACUGAGAGACCUGAGCCCUAGGACCAUACGUCGGGACUACCGGCCGUGGUGACUCCUUGCUGUCCCCAGUCCGCCUGGCCUUGCUGCUAUUCCAGUUUCAACUGUUCUGCCUGCGGUUAUGGAACCCCUACCUGUCCCAGACCUGCUGUUUUCAACUCUUAAUGAUCGGCUAUGAAAAGCCAACUGAGAUUUAUUCCUGAUUAUUAUUUGACCAUGCUUGUCACUUAUGAACAUUUUUGAACAUCUUGGCAUGGUUCUGUUAUAAUCUCCACCCGGCACAGCCAGAAGAGGACUGGCCACCCCUCAUAGCCUGGUUCCUCUCUAGGUUUCUUCCUAGGUUUUCGCCUUUCUAGGGAGUUUUUUCCUAGCCACCGUGCUUCUACACCUGCAUUACUAGCUGUUUGGGGUUUUAGGCUGGGUUUCUGUACAGCACUUCGAGAUAUUAGCUGAUGUAAGAAGGGCUAUAUAAAAUAAAAUUGAUUGAUUGACAGUUAUUUUGUGUUUCUUCCAUUUGCGAAUAACCGCACCAACUGUUGUCACCUUCUCACCAAGCUACUUGGCGAUGGUCUUGUAGCCCAUUCCAGCCUUGUGUAGGUCUACAAUCUUGUCCCUGACAUCCUUGGAGAGCUCUUUGGUCUUGGCCAUGGUGGAGAGUUUGGAAUCUGAUUGAUUGAUUGCUUCUGUGGACAGGUGUCUUUUGAACAGGUAACAAGCUGAGAUUAGAAACACUCCCUUUAAGAGUGUGCUCCUAAUCUCAGCUCGUUACCUGUAUAAAAGACACCUGGGAGCCUGUCACGACUUCCGCCGAGGCUGCCCCCCCCCCCCCCCCCCCCCCCCGCCCCCCCCCCCCCCCCCCCCCCCAGGCUUCGGCGUUCGUCGUCACCGGAGUACUAGCUACUGCCGAUCCCAUUCUCAUCACACCAGGUGCUCAUUCCCCUAAUUAGUAUGUGUAUAAGUGUUCCCUCUGUUCCCCUUGUCUUCGUGAGUGAUUGUUUUGUUGUGAGAGCGUGUAGCUCGGUUGAGCUACAUUUCACUGUGUUAUUGCCAAGGUGGAUGUUUUCCCUUGUACAGUUUCGUUUGACGCUUGGGGCGUUUGAUUUAUGCAAACGGAUUAAACUCUGGACUUCGGUAUUUUACCUCUUGCGCAUUACUUCUUCUUUCACACCUCGUCACAGAAUCACUCACCUGAUCUGAUAUGGAGUCAGCAGGAGAGGACCGCAUGCCUGGAGUUGUGGCAAGGGUGUUGGCCAGCUUGGGGGAAGCGAUGGAUCGGGUUCUUCAGCUGGUAGAACGCCUGGAGAGGAGAGGAGAGGAUCCGAUCUAUCGAGACCAGCUGGUCAACCGGAUCCAGCCACCUACACCCCAGCCCCUGGAGGGAUCCAGAUAUACUGGCCACCGGCGUUUGAUGGGACUGCAGCGCGAUGUAAGGGAUUCCUACUCCAACUGGAGUUGUAUUUCUCCAGCAUCAGGCCAGAGCCCCGGGAGCGGGAGAAAGUAUCCGUCUUCGUUUCCUGCCUUUGUGGGAGAGCCCUGGAGUGGGCCAACAUGGUGUGGAACGAGGGAGGUACCGCGUUGGAGAACUAUUGGGAGUUUGCUCGACCUGAGGGUCGAGAGGCGGGCGAACGACUGGUUCAUCUGAGGCAAGGGACGAGGACCGCUCAGGACUACGCGCUGGAGUUCCGGACGCUGGCAGCGGGGUCCGGGUGGAAUGAGCGGGCCCUGAUAGACCAUUUCCGGUGCCACCUAAGGGAGGACGUCCGAAGGGAGCUAGCCUGCCGUGAUGCCAUGCUAUCGUUCUCCCAACUGGUGGACAUGGCCAUCUGGGUGGACAAUCUGCUAGCAGCCAGAGGACAUCCUGGUAGGGGUCUGCCCGUUCCCACUCCGGACGACUCUGACCCCAAGCAGAUGGAGCUGGUGUGAUCCGCCGGUCGAGAGAGCGCAGGAGGACAGCGACAGUGCCACUCUGGUGGCACGAAGGGACAAUCCACCUCACGUCGCAGUCAAUGUUCUUUCGGGUCUGGAGGCAGUAGGCAGGGUACUCACGCAUCACCCCAGGUAACGAACACCCAAAUGUGUUCAGAGCCCUUUGCAGUGCAUUGUACUUUAUCGAUCUCCUUUCCCGAUCACUUGGUAGGUUCCCAGUGUAAGGCGCUAGUCGAUUCAGGCGCAGCUGGGAAUUUUAUGGACAGGGCAUUUGCAUACCGUCAAGGCUUUUCAUUGGUUCCCCUAACCAUUCCACUCCCCAUCAGAGCACUAGAUAGUCGACCAUUAGGGUCCGGGUUGGUUAAGGAAGUUACGGUACCAGUCACCAUGAUUACGCAGGAGACACAUGUUGAGCAGAUCACCUUUAUGAUUAUUGAGUCUCCUGCUUACCCUGUAGUCUUGGGUAUCCCGUGGUUAGCCCUUCACAACCCCAAUUUCUCAUAGCCGCAGAGGGUUCUUACGGGGUGGUCGCGUGAGUGUCCGGGUAGGUGUCUAGGUGUUUACGUUGGUGCGACCCCACCGUGCGCAUUCCCCCCAAAUACCAUGAUCUGGCGCUCGCGUUUUCCAAGACGCAAGCGACUAAAUUACCACCUCAUCGGGAGGGGGAUUGCGCGAUAAACCUUCGGGUAGACGCUGUAUCUCCCAGGAGUCAUGUGUAUCCCCUGUCGCAGGCUGAAACGGAGGCUAUGGAAAUAUUCGUCACUGAGCCCCUGUGACAGGGGUUUAUACGUCCCUCCACUUCACCUGCCUCCUCGAGUUUCUUCUUUGUGAAGAAGAAAGAUGGCGGUUUACGCCCGUGCAUUGAUUAUCGACCACUGAAUAAUGUGAUGGUACGAUUUAGUUAUCCUCUUCCCCUCAUUCCUUCAGUGAUUGAGUCAAUGCAUGGGGCCCGUUUUUUCACCAAAUUAGACCUCAGGAGUGCCUACAACCUGGUGCGUAUUCGGGAAGGGGAUGAGUGGAAAACAGCAUUCAGCACAACGGGGCAUUAUGAAUACCUGGUGAUGCCCUACGGUUUGAUGAAUGCUCCAUCCGUUAUCCAGUCGUUGGUGAACGAGGUGUUUCGGGACAUGCUUGGUCGUGGUGUGUUGGUCUACAUUGAUGACAUCCUGGUGUAUUCCGCUACGCGCGCCAAACAUGUGUCCCUGGUUCGCAAAGUACUGGUCCGUCUGCUGAAAAAUGAUCUUUAUGCCAAGGCAGAGAAGUGUGAGUUUUUCCAGCAGUCAAUCUCCUUCCUCGGAUAUCGCAUUACCACCACAGGUGUGGAGAUGGAGGGAGACCGCAUUGCAGCCGUGCGUAAUUGGCAGACUCCAACCACGGCGAAGGUGGUGCAGCACUUCCUUGGCUUUGCCAACUACUAUCGAAGGUUUAUUCAGGGCUUUGGCAAGGUCGCAGCUCCCAUUACCUCCUUGUUGAAGGGUGGGCCGUCCCGGCUCCGCUAGUCUGCUGAGGCUGAUUUGGCAUUUUUGGGGGGUACUGUCACGACUUCCGCCGAGGCUGCCCCCCCUCCUGGUUCGGGCAGUCUUCGACGUUCGUCGUCACCGGAGUACUAGCUACUGCCGAUCCCAUUCUCAUCACUCCACUUGUCAUGUCUUGUCAAUCACACACACCUGGUGCUCAUUCCCCUAAUUAGUAUGUGUAUAAGUGUUCCCUCUGUUCCCCUUGUCUUUGUGAGUGAUUGUUUUGUUGUGAGAGCGUGUAGCUCGGUUGAGCUACAUUUCACUGUGUUAUUGCCAAGGUGGAUGUUUACCCUUGUAUAGUUUUGUUUGACGGUUGGGGCGUUUGAUUUAUGCAAACGGAUUAAACUCUGGACUUCGGUAUUUUACCUCCUGCGCCUGACUCCUUCUUUCAAACCUCGUCACAGAGCCAGAAAUCUUUCUGAUUGAGAGGGGGUCAAAUACUUAUUUCCCUCAUUAAAAUGCAAAUCAAUUUAUAACGUUUUUGACAUGCGUUUUUCUGUAUUUUGUUGUUGUUAUUCUGUCUCUCACUGUUCAAAUAAACCUACCAUUAAAACUAUAGACUGAUCAUUUCUUUGUCAGUGGGCAAACGUACAGAAUCAGCAGGUGAUCAAAUACUUUUUUCCCUCACUGUAUAUUCAGUGAUGUUAUAUACUUUAUUCAAGGAUAAUGGCCUACAAGGCAUGCUGCUCAUAGUUCAACUGUAUAUAUUCAGUAAGGUCUAGAAGGCUCAGUGGAUAUAGUAAGUGAUAAUGGCCUACAGAAGGCUAGUUAUAUAUUCAGUGCUAGGCCUACAGAAGUGUGUGUGUGUGCGUGUUAGCGAUCGUGAAUUUGCCCAAGGUGUGGAUAUGCUGGAUACAAGGAUAAGGUUUAAUAGACAAACAAUGGACAGACAUAUUUAUAUGGGGAGCCAGACACGUUCCUCUGAAUCUGGCGCAGAGUGAAGGACAAACGUCUCGUUAUAUGCUCAUUCGUUAUCUGUUUGUUCCCUCAGUGCCAGAUCCAGACCAUAACAACAGUCAGUUGGGUCAGAGUGAACCAUACAUUAUUCGAUUGGACGGCAUUUAGCUGAGUAGUGUUUGUGUGUGUGAGCAAGAGAAAGAGAGCGAAUGAGAGGGUUUCACAAAAUGUGUGUGUUCUAGUGUCUGCAUAAUAAGUGUGUGUGUGUGUGUGUUUGCUCGCUCAUGCCUAAUUGCUGCUAGCUGUCUGCCCAGUGCAUGUUUCUAUGUUUCUGUGUGUACAUAUAAUGCAUAUUAAUACGUAGCCUCGGCUGUUUGUGCUUAGCUGGCAUUAUAACCUGAAUCCAGAGCUGUGUGUGUGGUAGAGAGAUGAAGAUGGGCUUUGCUUUAAUGCCUUCAUUUCCAACACACUGAUUUGCCUGUAAUAGGAUUGGGUCUCUCUCUCUCUCUCCCCUCUUUCUCACCACCAUCACCACCACCUCCUCCUCUCCUGUCCUCCCUCCAUCCUUUAAUCCAGGCUUGAUCUUAGUGGGUUCAGUGCUUUUUUCUCUGUUUAUUUAAAGAGCUGGAUUAGGAUGGGGGGUGUAUGUGGGUCAGCUGGAGGAGGCUUUGGACGGGUCAAACUUUGGACGGGUCCCUCGGUGUGUGUGUGUGUGCGCACAGUAUGUGUGUGUGUGAGCACUGAUGUGUGCAACCCCUCUUUGCACAUGUUAUAGCAUGUGCUCUCUGUGUGUGUGUGUGUGUGUGUCUUUUAUGUAUGUGUGGAUGCAUGUGUAACAGAGCUCAUUUGUGAAUAAUGAGGCAGAGAGAGAGUGAUGUAACCAUGUUGGAAUGAGAGAGAGAGUGAUUCAUUCCCAGGGAGCUAGCCUUUUAGCCUAAUGGGUUUGUCACUCGAUCAAAAGGCCUCUGAGUAGCUACAGAUGCCCAUGCUUGGGGUUUGUGUGUGAACGAGGGUGUGUGUGAGCCAAUCUGUAUGUGUAUGCGUGUGAGUGCAUCUGUGUGCGUGUCUAGAGGUGACGGCACACAUGCAUGCCUGUUCAUAUAUGUGUGUGAGACUGAAAGCAUGAACUAACGUCUGUGUUCGCCUGCGUGUGUGUCAGUGUGUGUCUGUGUUCGCCUGCGUGUGUGUGUCUGUGUUUGCUUUGUGUGUGUAGAUCCCCAACGGUGAACGGUACGCUCCAGUGCCUUUCAGACACAAAUAAAAAUGAGUUGUGUGUGUGCUUCCACAGUGUGUGUAUGUGUACUGCCAUCUUGUGUGUGUGUGUGUGUGUGGCCAGUGUAUGGGACUAGUUGUGUACUGUAUAAUUGCUUUGUGGUGGACAGGAGUUUAAAGCUGUAGCGGUCUGUCAGCCCAAGCUGGUAAGCUGGCAAGCUGGCAGUGUGUGAAUAUGAAUGUCAGAGUAAUGGGUAAGCGCAUUAUAUUGCUGGGGAGCCUAAGAGAGAUAUUGUUAAAAAUAACCCUGACUCUGGGACUCAGGCAGAAAUUUGCCCGCAGGACUGCGUUUUCACAGAUGCCCCGUAAAGGCUUCUCUUUGUCUGCUUAAGAGCCGCUGUAUGUGUGUUGUGUGUGUAUUUUAUGUGUGUGUGUGUGUGUUCUUGUGUGUGUGAUUUGUACGUGGGUGUGUGUGUGCACAUGCAUGAAUGAGAGUGUUGUAUGUAUUUUUCUGUUUAUUUGACAGAGCCUCUAUAUCUGGUUUAGUAAGAGAGGGAGGGAGUGUGUUUGUGUGUGCGUUUUUAAGUUUCAAGUUGUAUUAGUCAUAUGUACAGGAUACACGUGUGUGUGUGUGUGUGUUUGUGGCGGGGGCUGUCUGUGUUUCUGUGUCUUAAUGCGCCAUGCCUCUCAUGGUGGGGCUCUGUUGCUUUUCUAAGAGCAUUUAAAUAUUUUUUGUGUCAAUAUCUGUGUGUGUGUGCUCUGUUCUGCUCUGUUUGUUUGUUUUUCAUUGUGCGUGUGUGUUUGCUUGUGUGUGUGUGUGUGUGUGUGCUUUACUGCUCUCCUUUCCUCUUUCCCUCUCUCUGGGUUUCUCUUCCUCCUCUUCCCAAAUAGAGGGGCCAUCAAUCAGAGUGGAGAGAGGGGGGCUGCUGGCUCAGCGCCAGGAAGAGAGGCUGGCACUCUGCCCGGAGGAGAGGAGAGGAGAGGAGAGGAGAGGAGAGGAGAGGAGAGGAGAGGAGAGGAGAGGAGAGGAGAGGAGAGGAGAGGAGAGGAGAGGGGAGGGGAGGGGAGAGAGAGAGACCAAGUGAACAGAGGGAAGAGAGAGAAUAGGGGCGAUAGACAAGGGAGGAAGAGAUCAGUUAUUUUAUUGAAUACCUCUGUGGCUGUGACCACAAUCAGUGGCUGAUUAGUGCAGCACGGGUUACUAAUAUUUGCCUUCAAGUGUUUGCAGAGAGAGGAGAGCAGUUCCAUUAGGCAGUAAGGGGUGGGAGAUAAGGCUAGACUAGGGCUGGCUGGCCUGGGUGUCUCUCUCUCUCUCUCGUGCGCUGCUACAGGGCUGAUGGGGACUAGGGGGACUGCUGAAGGCGCGCAAGCACACACUGAGAUACACACAUGCAGGCAGGCACGCACACACAAACACAUCAAAUUAAAUACUCACACACACACCCAUAUCUGCACACACACACCACACACUCUCACCCAGAACAGCCGCACUGGGGCUCAGGGAAAGACACAGCUGGCAGUGCCCAAAUACACCGGGCACCAUCACCCCCCCCCCAAUCCUCACUAUGCGAACCUAGCCGAGCCCACACCAUUCACAUUCAAUUUCACAACGCUUUCUUAGCAAAGCUUUUGCAUCAUGUUAUAAAGUAAAUGCUCCAGGAAAGCUUAAUGCAGCUUGUCUAUGUCAUACCAAUGAUCCACUUAGUUUCAGAGUAUCAGUAAUGACUCCUGUGUUUCAGCUCACUGUAUCAAUUAUUACCCUGAAAUGAUCUUAUGAUGGGGGAGCACGCUGAGUAAAGCUAUUCAGACUGUGUGUGUGUGUGUGUAGGGCAGUGACAGACUGAUGUGUUCCACAGCCUCCAGAGCACUGUGUCCUUGUCCUCCCUCUCAUCCAUCCAUCUUCCUCCCUCAUUUUGGAGGAAUUGACGGUGAUUUGCUGCUAUGUUCUAAAUGUAGCCUAAGAUAGACAAACAUCCUCUCCCCUGCCCUCUCCUCUCCUCUCCUCCUCAUCUCUCCCUCUUUCCGCCAGACAAAGAGGCAGCAGUGUUCUGUUGGCAGACUAUUUAUCCUCAGGUGUUUAUUGACCAGCCCUCUCCUCCUCCUUUGUAUCCAUCCAUCCACCCAUCCCUCCAUCCACAGCCCUGCCAAAACUCCCUUAUGCACUCUUUUGGCAGAGCUCUCCCCAACAAGUCCAUGUUGUUGUUGCUGACACCUGGCCUACGCUGGAGGAAGAGAGAGGGAGAAAGAGAUGAGGGGGAGGAAGCAGUGCUGAGCUCUGUUUGAAGUAGGCUGCCAAGACUCAGGUCUGACAGAUCUAGGAUCAGUUGCAGCCAUGGUUGUGUUGUUGGUGAGAGCAGAGGCAGGUCAUCUGCACUGAUCUGGAAUCAGACUCCUGGGUUGGCUGCCUGGUUGAGGGAGUCCAGUGGCUGCAGCCUACUCUCAGAACAGCUCAUUGCUAGUCAACAACUCAAUGAUUGUAGUUUCUCGGUCUAGCUGCAUGUAUUAAUGUUACACAGUAUCAAUACAGUCCAGUGAGAAUACCCCCCCUACCCCCCCUCAUAGCCCCUUUACAGGCUUUCACUAAGCAACACAACAUUAGUUAUUUAUCAAUACUGAAUGUCUCUCUCUCUCCCCCCACUCACUCCCUGUUUUCUCUCUCUUUCACUUUCUCUCUCUCACUUUCACAAGCACACACACACACUCCAAUCGGCACGCACACAAGCCCACAUUAUAUCAUUAGCUAGGUUUUCUCUCUCUCCUUCGAACGGAGCGCUGUAUCUAUCAGAGAGCUGUGUUGUAUAAUUUGGCCUUGUGUUGAGAUGGGGCUGGCUGUUUCUGACAGGCGUGUGAGUGUAUAAGACCCUGUCAGUCACUGUCCUCUCCUCUCCUUUGUCUCCCUCUGUGUGUCAGAAACAUGUGUUAGAGUGGCGUAAUGGAGGGACACAAAUAGAUAGAGAGCCAUCAAGGAAGGAGUGCGGGAGGGAGGGAGGGAGGAAGGAGAGAGAUGAUGGGAGGAAAAGGAUGAAUAGGGUAAUAAUGGCUCAGUGGGAAGGCUGUUAAAGAGGGAGAGAACGCCUGAGUGAAGAAGACAACAGAAUGAGGCUCCGUGUGUGUGUGUGUGUGUGUGUGUGUGUGUGUGUGUGUGUGUGUGUGUGCAUGUACACAUGCAUUUGUGUACAUUAUGUAUUGACAUGUUGUGUGUUUGUGUUGUGUGUUUGUUAGGCUCCAUGUGUAGAAGACAUCAUUCGAUGUUCUCACCUAGAAAGAGCAUUUUCAAUGGGCCUGGGCAAGUGAGAGAAAAUUGAUGAAAGAAUAGCAUUGAAUGCAGUGAGGAGGAGAGAGGUUGAGAGAGCUAAAUGAGAAAGGGAGGGUGUUGAAAGGCCAUAUGAAAACUGGAGCCUAAUAACACAGCUGGCCUUUAAAAGCCUCUCUCUCCCUCUCACUCUUUCUCUCUCACUCAUUUUCUCUUACUAUCUCUCUCUUUCUCUUGCGGCCUCUUACUCGUUCUGUCUCUCUCUCUCUCAAUCGCUCGCUCUCUCUCUCUCUCUCUCAAUUCAUUUCAAUUUCAAUUUAAGGGCUUUAUUGGCAUGGGAAACAUGUUUACAUUGCCAAAGCAAGUGAAGUAGAUAAUAAACAAAAGUGAAAUAAACAAUAAAAAAUGUUGGGUCUAAUUGUUGGGUCUAAUUGUGUUGCUGUCCUGGGGUCUGUUUGUGUUUGUGAACAGAGCCCCAGGACCAGCUUGCUUAGGGGACUCUUCUCCAGGUUAAUCUCUCUGUAGGUGAUGGCUUUGUUAUGGAAGGUUUGGGAAUCACUUCCUUUUAGGUGGUUGUAGAAUUUAACGGCUCUUUUCUGGAUUUUGAUAAUUUGCGGGUAUCGGCUUAAUUCUGCUCUGUAUGCAUUAUUUGGUGUUUUUGCAGAAUUCUGCAUGCAGAGUCUCAAUUUGGUGUUUGUCCCAUUUUGUGAAUUCUUUGUUGGUGAGCGGACCCCAGACCUCACAACCAUAAAGGGCAACUGAUUCAAGUAUUUUUUUAGCCAGAUCCUAAUUGGUAUGUCGAAUUUUAUGUUCCUUUUGAUGGCAUAGAAGGCCCUUCUUGCCUUGUCUCUCAGAUCUUUCAAAGCUUUGUGGAAGUUACCUUUGGUGCUGAUUGUUUAGGCCGAGGUAUGUAUAGUUUUUUGUGUGCUCUAGGGAAACGGUGUCUAGAUGGAAUUUGUAUUUGUGGUCCUGGCAACUGGACCUUUUUUGGAACACCAUUAUUUUUGUCUUACUGAGAUUUACUCUCAGGGUCCAGGUUUGACAGAAUCUGAGCAGAAGAUCUAGGUGCUGCUUUAGGCCCUCCUUGGUUGGGGACAGAAGGACCAGAUCAUUAGCAAACAGUAGACAUUUGACUUCAGAUUCUAGUAGGGUGAGGCCGGGUGCUGCAGACUGUUCUAGUGCCCUCGCCAAUUCGUUGAUAUAUAUGUUGAAGAGGGUGGGGCUUAAUCUGCAUCCUUGUCUCACCCCAUGGCCCUGUGGAAAGAGAUGUGUGUGUUUUUUGCCAAUUUUAACCGCACACUUGUUGUUUGUUUACAUGGAUUUUAUAAUGUUGUAUGUUUUUCCCCCAACACCACUUUCCAUCAAUUUGUAUAGCAGACCCUCAUGCCAAAUUGAGUCAAAAGCUUUUUUGAAAUCAACAAAGCAUGAGAAGACUUUGCCUUUGUUUUGGUUUGUUUGUUUGUCAAUUAGGGUGUGCAGGGUGAAUACGUGGUCUGUCGUACAGUAAUUUGGUGAAAAGCCAAUUUGACAUUUGCUCAGUACAUUGUUUUCGUGAGGAAAUGUACGAGUCUGCUGUUAAUGAUAAUGCAGAGGAUUUUCCCAAGGUUGCUGUUGAUGCAUAUCCCACGGUAGUUAUUGGGGUCAAAGAUUGGGGUGAUCAGUCUUUGGUUCCAAAUAUUGGGGAAGAUGCCAGAGCUAAGGAUGACGUUAAAGAGUUUAAGUAUAGCCAAUUGGAAUUUGUGGUCUGUAUGUUUUAUAAUUUCUCUCUCUCUCAUGCACUUGUUGUCGACUGGGUUUGAACCCAGGGCACCUGCAUGACACUGUUAGCCCGCUGAGAUAAAGGCAUGAGCUUGAGGAGCUAACAUUUCAGGUCCCAGGAAGGGUUGCUCAUCACCGAACCACCUCCAUCACAUGCCUACUAACCUGAGUUGCCUCAAUGACAUUAUCCAACUUUGAUUAUUAUACGAGAUGUGAGAUGUAAGGGAUGGAUAAAGAUUCUGUACAUUCAUUGAUGUAUGUUUAUGUUGCUCCUGCUGCUUCCCUGAAACUAAUGACCCUAUAAGGGCCUAAGGGAAUGAAUAAUGUUGUACUAGAUUACCUUGUAUGAUACAUAAGAUGAGACUGAAGUGUGUAUAUGUGUGUGUGUGUUGCAGGCGGAGAUUGUGAAGCGUCUCAGUGCAAUCUGUGCUCAGAUCAUCCCCUUCCUCUCUCAGGAGGUAAGUAUCACUGACACACACACACACACACACACACACACACACACACACACACACACACACACACACACUCUCACUCUCCUACUGUCCUCUUUACAAUGGAAACCACAUGGUCAAGACAUAACAUAUUGCUCUGUGUUCAUCAAGACAUAAGAACAUAUUGCUCUGUGUUCAUCAAGACAUAAGAACAUAUUGCUCUGUGUUCAUCAAGACAUAAGAGCAUAUUGCUCUGUGUUCAUCAAGACAUAAGAACAUAUUGCUCUGUGUUCAUGAAGACAUAUGAGCAUGUUGUUUCAGAAUUUCUAUCAUUUUGUUACGGUUCAUUUAUAUUAGCCAGAUAGCCUUUUAAAUCAAUAGGUUAUUUUUGUGAAUGGUUGGUUUCCUUUUUGUUCAGUAACUCAUGGUAGUUAUUUGAUCUAUCAACACACAUAAUGACCCAAAACAGUUUCUUAGCAGUUUCUUGACUGAGGUUAAUAUGUUUGACCCUCUACAAUGUGUGUGACAAGAAUGUGGUGAUUACAUUUUUUUGGGUAAAAUCUGUCUGCACUGAGUGUGUGUUUGUGUAGGGGUGUGUGUGUGUGUGUGUCCGGUGACGAGUGUGUGUCCACUGAAGGGAAGGUCACAGAACUGCCGGCUGUUUUACCUUGGUCAAUAUUGAUACUGUGUGUGUGUUCUCACUUGUGUGUGUGUGUGUGUGUGUGUGUUUACGUAUUGUGUGUGUGUUUGAAUGAGUAAAUAGAUGUGGGUUUUGGGGUGUUUGAGCGUGGUCCUGCUAGGUACUUUUCUGUGGGUAUGUGUGACUUUUUCUGUGUGUGUGUGUCUGGUUGCUCAAUCAUUGUAUAUAUUUGUACUGCGUGUGCAUACAGUAUGUUUGAUUGUGUGUAUUGAGGCCACUCAGCGUGUGUUUGUUGUGUGAUAUAUGUGACAAAGGUUGUUUGUGCGUUUUGGUUCCAUACAAAACAAAUGUCAGGUACAAUAUACAGUAUAUGUUAGGAACUGCACACAGUGGGGUAAAUAACGUGUGUGUGUGUGUGUGUGUGUGUGUGUGUGUGUGUGUGUGUGUGUGUUUGUAGCACCAACAGCAGGUGGUCCAAGCAGUGGAGAGGGCCAAGCAGGUCACUAUGGCCGAACUCAACGCCAUCAUUGGGGUGAGUCACCUCUGGUCACCAUGACAACCGUUACACCCCAGACAGCGACACUAUCAACACACACACACACACACACAGAGACCCUACAGGCAGUGGCAUGCACACCUCUCUCUCUGCAGUGUUUAUUGUGCUGGGAGGAACAAUCGGGUGUAGGUAGACUGUAAUGUGAUGAGAGCUCAGACAAGCUCUCACUGGAAAGACCAUUCACUGUGGCACACACAUGCGGGCGCACACACACACACACACCAAAACAAGCUGUAUUAAGACCCGCAGAAAACAGGCUCUCUUUAUCUGUAUGUGCCCCCCUCCUCUCCCUCUUCCUCCGUCCCCAUCUUUUUCCCUCUCUGUUUUCUUCUCUCCCUCUGUCUACUAUUUUAUCUUUUGGUUUCUCUCUCCCUUCCUAUCUCUCUCUCCCUCCUCCUGUCCUCCCUCUCUCUCUCUCGCCGCUGCCCUCUUUAUUUUUCCCUCUGCUCUAAUCCAAUCUUUCUCUCCAUAUUCUCUCUCUCUCCAAUCUUUCCUCGUCAUAUUUCUCUCCCUCUCUCUCUCUUCCCCCUCCCCCCUGCCCUGUCUCCCUGGUGUACAGCAGCAGCAGCUCCAGCACCUGUCUCACCACACCCCAGGUAUCCCCCUGACUCCCCACCCGUCAGGGCUCUCUCUGGGGGGAGGCUCGGGCCUGCUGGCCCUCACUGGAGCCCUGGGGGUCUCAGCCCACCUGGCCUCCAAGGACGAACGCAACCACCUGGACCCUGAGCACCUGAGAGGUACGACUCACUGAUUGACCUCCACGUGAAGGACACUGGUGGCGAGCUGUAGUACUGAAAUGUGUCAGCUUUUGAUACAAAAUAACCACUUGGUUUACUUUUAUUGAACUCAAAGGCUGGCGGAAUAUCUUGAAGAAAAGCACUCAUUAAACAUAAAACAACUAACAAAUGGCACUCCGUUGCCUGUAAGGCCGUAUAUUGAUGCAGGGUGGCUAUAUGUUAAACUUGUAGGUCCCUGGUGCAGAAAAGAAAGAGCGAAAGACAGAGCAGACAUGAAUGUUGAAUGAGUGAACAGGGGAAGACAGAGAGCAUUGUGUCAGAGGAGUGGAGACAGAAAGGGCAGCACUGCAGAUUGGAUACAUGCACAAUACUAAGCUUGUGUUUUUAUUGCACUGGGACAAGCCUUUUUCAGGUUGACCUUGGCUUGCUGUGGGAUUGUUGUUACUAUUAUCUAUACUGACGUCAAUCCUCUCCCCUCCUCUCUGUUCCUUCCCCAGAGGGUGCGCCCAGCAGGGUAAGUAACCCCAACGUGUGUAUGUGUGUGUGUGCUUGUUCAUGUGCAUUUCGUGUGUAUACGUGUGUGAGUGUGUGUAUGUGACUGUGAUAUAAGUAAGGGAAAUAGAGAGUCUCUUUAAAGAGGAACUCUAAAAAAUUAUGUUUUGUUGGAGAGCUGCCAUUAAUAAGAACAGCACUAGAAUUAUUAAAGUGAGUACAACAGUAGAACAGUGAUAUUGUGCCUUGACUAAGGUCCAAUAGAACACUGGUCAGUUCUAUGGAGACAAUAAUAUUAUGGUGAUAUGGGUCCAGUAGGAUGAUCAUUGGGCUAUCUCUUACUCUGUGGUUGGAUAUAACCUUGGUGUGUUGGAACUGACAGACCAGUAGACUACUAGACAGCUGUCCUCACUCACACACUCUGAUAAUAACAGAUAGAGGGAGGAGUGGAGAGAAGAAAUUAGAGAAAUCGAGAGGAUACUCUGAGGGGAGCAAGUAAAAACGGAAACAUCUGACUAUGUCUUUGUUUUAUUACAAAGUGAAAAUUAUUUACAUUUGCAAUAGCCUUUUCUUUAUUUUCUUAACCCCCUUUACCCAAUGUACUGAUCUUAAAGACCAAUCUUUAAGAGGUCCCGUUUGUAUUAACGUCCUUCAAAAUAUGGAUGGAAGGAGGGAAGGAGGAAGGAGAGAUGCAUAUCAAUUGGUAUUUGUUAAGUCGUGCCAAUAUGACAUUUUUGAAUUUUAAAUAGAAGGAAGAAAGAGAAAGCGAGGGGAAGAAGGAGAGGGGGAGUGAGAGGGAAGCAAAGAGGGAGGAUGAGAUGGAGAAGACUGGGAGUUUGUUGAGAAAACUGUGGUUCUUUGUGUGUUCGGUCAUGUCCGUCCAACCAGCUUCCUGUCUGUGUCCUCCACAGUUCUAAAGAGCAGAACUUUCCGUAGGAGUCAACCGAUGAAAGAGAAUAGUUAUCCCACAUAGACCCCAGAAAUAAUACACUACUUUGAUGUUUUAUUCCUCUAUUAUGGGGAGCCCCACCAUGCUCUUUCUGGUAUAAAUAGCCAGAAAAUUGGGCUUCUUGUACAAUAAUCAGAGUCAUAUUUUACAUGAACCUUUCAGUGUCAGGGAGAAAGUUCAUUCAUAAUAACACAUUCAUAAAUAUGUUGUUUGCAUUUUCUGUAUGACUUACUUGCUGUGUGUUGGCUCUCUUUUAUGCGUGUGUGUUGUUGUUGUUGUGUGUGUGCAGAGUAAGUCUGUGUCAUCGACAGACAGCCAGCCAGUGGAGGAGCGCCAGGGCCCGUCGGGGGGGUACUCCUCCUCCCAGGGAGGGGGCGACGCCAAGAGGAGGCGCUGUGAAGACAAGGAGCCCCUCCCACCUCACUACGUACGUGCGCCAUUCAAUCAAACCCAUAGUAUUAACGGUGUCUCGGACAUCACAGAUUAACCAGAGGUCACAGUCCUUCUGCCAGUCAAAUAUGUGUUUAACUUGGAAGUGAUCAAUGACCAAAAUAGAUAACCCUAUUGAACAUGAUCUCUCUUUCUCUGAUUGACAUAAAUACGGUAUGAGAACUGCCUCACACAUCACGUCAGUGUAGCCUCUCGUGAAGGGAGGUGUUAUGUUUUUAAAACAGGCUGGACAGUGAGCUCUGUUGAUCAUCAGCGCCUCUGUACUACAUAAUGCUUGUUUGUCUCCUAGCUCUGGUCUGUCUAUGUCCAGGAAUAGUCUCCUCUCCACCAUGGCCCUGAUCUGGCUCAAUAUAAUUAGGGGGUGAUGUCACUCCACGUGAUGUCAAUAGGAAUAUCAGGCCAUGAUCACAUCAAAGCAUUGUUGCCAUGGUGACUAAGUGCCAUCGCUGUCACCCCUAUUCCCAGAGAUAAAGAGGGAGGGAGAGAGAGGAGUAAAGUAGUGAUAUGGCCAAACAGUGUGAGAGAGGUUGUGUGUAUGUGUGUUACUCUGUGUGCCUGACAGAGUGAGGAAGUGAGAGGUGGGCAAUGUUUGUGUGAGAGAGAGUGUUUGUGUUUCUGACAUUCUCCUCUCUCCUCUGUGUCUCACAGGACAGUGAUGGGGACAAGAGUGAGGACAACCUGGUUGUGGAUGUCUCUAACGAGGUAAGUGUGUUUGUCACCCAUAGGCACAGAUCUAGGAUCAGCUUACCCUGACCCCACUCUAACUGCAACCAUCUGAGAGAAAACGCUAAACUGACCUUAAAUCAGCAUCCGAUACUGUUGCGGAAAAACAAACAAUGAGUAAUAUAUAACUACUGUAGCUAUACUGGCUGAAACCGGUCUGUAUUGACCAGACCGUCCCUAGCCAAUAGAACAUAGUUCAAAUGGAAAGCUGAGUCUCCUCUCUCUAAGACCCUGUUGUUUCACUGUACAGGGCUGGUUAAGCAUAGGAGAAUUAUACACUUACGUCGGAAUUUUGAAAAUAGUGAAUAUUAUUAUAUAAGCACAUUAUGGGGAGCUAGCUGCUUUUCUCUCCUCUCCUAGUGAGUACUUCCUGCCUGCUGAACACACACGACACCAUAUACACUCACACACACUGCAUGCACACAUACACACAAACACACACCCCUCCUUUCAUCAGAUGGCAGCAGUGUGCCCUUUAUUUAUGCAAAGCCGUUAUGCCCUCAGAAUGUUUAAAUUCUUUAAAUACUUCACGCAGGGUACAAAAAUAUGUUUUAUCUAAGCCUUUUGUGUUUGAUAAUGCGCAGCACAAUGCACAAAAGCGGGAAAGUCUCUUGUGUGAUUUGUGAAUACAGAACAAUUGGAGAAUUUGACAAAUGUUCUUAAUGGGUGUGUGAGAGGGAGUGUCUCUGGUGACCAUACUAGAACAGACUAUAGAUGUGUGUUCUGCUCUGCUCAGACACAGCCACAGUAGAAGUGCUGACUGCAGCACACUGGGAGCAGAUGGGAAUGGUUUUAUAUAGGUGGCUGUGGCAGGGAGGUAGACAGUCGGCUGGGUUUGACUUACAGUACCGUACAGGCCUCAUACACACUUGUGCUUAAAACCAUACAGAUACUAUAGUAAUCUAUAAUGUCUAUAAUGUUACAGAUUUACGGGUUUUAGUUUUUUUCACAGACAAUGUGAAGGCUACUGUCUUCUUGCAAGGCUUUUGGGGUGACCUGGUCUUCCAUAUCUCUCUGUGUGUCUCCAGGAGCCCACGUCCCCCGUAGGCAGCCCCCAUCACUCCCCCCAUGGGAAUGGUUUGGACCGGGCCCCCAACCUGAGGAAGGAGUUACCAGGGUCCCCCAGGAGCCCUGGGGAGGCCCCCUCCCCCCAACCACCACGCAGCCCCACCCCGGGCAAGGCCAAGGACCCAGCACAGGUAUGAUACAUUCAUUGUCAAGCAUUAAUAUGGUGGCCAACAUCCACCAAUUAAAGUACUGGUGAUUCGUUUGACAGUAUCUCUUUACCUCUCUGUAGAUGGAGAAGUCUGGGUCGCCGUUGUCUAAGUCGAGCACCCCGUCCCCCUCACACCGUGAGGCCCUUACCCCCGGCCCCGCCGGCCCCAGUACGUCCUGCCUCCGUCUGCUCAGCAAGGCUGCCUCCUCCGCUGACCCCCUGGGUGAGUCAGACACCCCUGUCUGCCUGCCAUACCCUCUGUCUGUACCCCUGUUAUUAUACCCCUGCACCCCUGUUAGACCAUCAAAUAUAUAGCCCUGUAAUACCAUAAUUAUACCUUCCAUCUGAUCAUAAUACCAUCAUACCAUAAUCCAACCCCUAUUGUGAUGAUAUGCUCCUGUGGUCCCGUAUUGUACUCACAUCUGCCACAUUCUGCCUAAAGCAAUAAAGAUGGCAUUGUAGCCUAUAAGAAACCGUGGUGAACUUGAUUGUUGCCAACACAUCUCUAGCAGUUAGACGUCACCCUAACCUUUUCUUACCCGCUGGAAUGUAAGGUGUGUUCUCAUCUCCCCCCUCACCCCCUCCUCCCCUCCCCAGCUCUCCGCAGUCCCCUGUCUGUGCCCCCCGGUUCGUACCCAGCUCACUUUGGGGUGGUGUCCCACGCAGGCCUCAACGGGGAGCUGGCCAGUCCCGGGGGCUUCGGGGGUGCCCUGACCCUUUCGCCCCAGAUCAGCACCGCCGCCAGUGUCUACACCCGCAGCCCCUUGGUGAGUUUGAUACCACGCAUCACUGGUCUAUCUGUUUAAAACAGGUAUCUACAACGGCAGACCUCAAGGGCUGCAUUGUCUAUAGUCUUUGUCUCUUCCUGGCACCUAAUUGAUCAAUUAUGUCCCUAAUUCGCCAGUUAGUGUGCACACCUGGUUACCCAGGUCUGAAUCAAUUAGAUUGCUUUCCAUUACAAAGCAAGAAGGAAAACCAGUAUACAAUGCCUAGAGGAUCGAAGAUGUGCACCACUGAUUUAAAACAAAACAAAAACAUUGAUGAAGAUGGAUUCUUAGUAGUAUGUGGUUUGGAAGCUUGUGUUGGAUGAAUUGUCAAGAUUUCACUCAAUUUGAUGAGAUUAGGAUUUACUGAGAUUAAACUGUUACAACACAGGAUGAUUCUGUUAGUAAACUCCUAAUGUCUUGGUCCUCCUAGUCUCUCCAGAUGGCGUAUGAGUCUCGGUCCCACCUCAGGGCCCCAGGGCUGUCCGCUUCACUGCCUGGUGGAUCCUCCGGGGGCAAACCGUACGUCUCUCUUCUCCUCUAUCCAAAUCCAUCCAGACAGAAAGAAAGAUGGCUGUUGUUUUUAUUGCUGGAGCAAGCCGCAAACUCUCCCAAUUUCGAUAUUGAAUAACACAACAACCUUGGCAUCGCUAGGCUAUUUAUCAGCCGUCACAAAUAACACUCUGUACUACACGGGCCAAAGUAAAUCUCCCAUUUUGCAUUCUGCCAACGGCUAUUGUGUGAAAAGAUUUUGAAGACUAUUUCUCAACUUCUAAUGCUGUUACAGUGUUGACAGUCUUCAAGGUUUAAGCUAGCAAGCACUUUUUGUAAUAAUAUACAGAUGUAGAUUGCAGUGGUUGGCACUCUUUCCAUUCUCUCCUUCCUCCUCCCUCUCUCCAGUGCCUACUCUUUCCACGUGAGUGCGGAUGGACAGAUGCAGCCGGUACCUUUCCCUCCAGAUGCCCUGCUGGGCCCGGGCAUCCCGCGGCACGCCCGUCAGAUCCACACUCUGAACCACGGAGAGGUGGUGUGUGCCGUCACCAUCAGCACCUCCACACGCCACGUCUACACCGGCGGCAAGGGCUGUGUCAAGGUGUGGGACAUCAGCCAGCCUGGCAGCAAGAGUGCCAUGGCCCAGCUUGACUGUCUGGUGAGUGGACACACACUUUAAAAGGCUUAACCAAUAAUAUUGCUUGUUUUGCCAGUCUAAUACACAUGUUCUCUCUUCGCACCAAUCAGAACAGGGAUAACUACAUCCGCUCAUGUAAGAUUCUCCCUGAUGGACGGACCCUCAUUGUUGGAGGCGAGGCCAGCACGUUGUCAAUCUGGGACUUGGCCACACCUACUCCCCGCAUCAAGGCGGAGUUGACGUCUUCUGCCCCGGCCUGCUACGCUCUGGCCAUCUCCCCCGACAACAAGGUCUGCUUCUCCUGCUGCAGCGACGGCAACAUCGUAGUCUGGGACCUGCACAACCAGACCCUGGUUAGGUAAGAGGAGGAGGAGGAUAGGAGAGGAGAGGGGGUUGAGGAGGUUAGGAGGGGUAUUGUGGGGAAACAUCGUAGUCUGGGACCUGCACAAAGAGACCCUGGUCAGGUAAGAGGAGAGGAGAGGGUAGGGCAGGAGAGAAGAGAAGAGGAUAGGGGGAGGAGAGAGCAGGGUAGGGGUUUACUGUAUAGACUAUGGAUUACAUCUGAAUGGCUGGGUGUUGAUGUUGAAGUGAUCUUUCUGCUACCCAGGCAGUUCCAGGGCCACACUGACGGGGCCAGCUGUAUUGACAUCUCCAACGAUGGGACCAAACUGUGGACGGGGGGGCUGGACAACACAGUACGCUGCUGGGACCUGAGAGAGGGACGACAGCUGCAGCAACACGACUUCACCUCACAGGUACAGAUGGAACCUGUGAGUGGCGCAGUGGUCUAAGGCACUGCAUCGCAGUGCAAAACUGUGCCACUAGAUCCUGGUUCGAAUCCAGGCUCUGUCGCAGCCGGCCGCGACCGGGAGACUCAUGGGCGGCGCACAAUUGGCCCAGCGUCGUCCAGGGUAGGGGAGGGAAUGGCCGGCAGGGAUGUAGCUCAGUUGAUAGAGCAUGGUGUUUGCAACGCCAGGGUUGUGGGUUCGAUUCCCACAGGGGGCCAGUAUAAAAUAAAAAAAUAAAAAUAUGUAAGUCGCUCUGGAUAAGAGCGUCUGCUAAAUGACUAAAAUGUAAAUGUAAACACCUGAGACGUUGUGAGAUUAGCUGAGACUAGCUAAGACCAGCUCAGUACUGCCUUUAUGAGAAGCACUGUACCUGUUAAUAUAUGAUACAUAUCAGCCUCUAUAUCAGACCAGUCACUGUUUCGCUCUGUUCUAUCACAUCACUGUUUGCACAUCUAAAUAUAUCUGUCACAGUAGGGCGCUAGAGCACUGCCAAAAGUCUGAGUGCCAGAAAUUGACAUGUGUAGGUGUACAAAUGCAAUUUUUGCUCGCAAAUAUUAAGUUACAAGUUUGCGAAUGCCAUUACAACUACAUUCAUUUUUUUCAUGUUCACAAUUCAUCAGUUACUCAGAUACCUCCUGCGCGUUGACCUGUUGUUUCGGCCUGUUGUUUCCAAAGUUUUCUUUUGUUUUAUUUUUAUUUUAUUCAUAAGUGUUUGUGUCAAAACCUGCUGCUAGCUAGCUAGCUAUGUUGCAAUGGAGCCCGCGUCACCUGGAAUAGCUAACUAACGUUUCCAGUGCUGUAGAAGCUGGGUUUACUAUGCUCUUGUCCAGGACAAUAUUGACAAUCCGGAGUUGCAAUGCAGCAAUUGUUUGCUUACGGAGGAUUACCGGAAUGAGGUGGCUAACCUUAGCAAGCAAAUUUAAAUUCUGCGCGAACUUAUGGGGAAGACUCAAAUUGGAACUUUCUCAUUCUCAACUCCUGUGGCUGGACGCCGCUCGGGCUUGAUGGAUGUAUCCCUGCCUUGUCAUCUGUCCCUAUCCGAAUGGCCUGUGCUACCUGGAACUUGCCUGCCAAAGAAGUCGUCUCCAUCUGCUUCUCCUCCUCCAUUUUGUAGUGGAGUAGACGGAGAACAGCAAGAGGAUUGUUCCAAUCAGUGCUGGUCCCAUGUCACAAGUCGUGGAAACCGAAGGCAGCAGCAUGCUGCAAAAACAGACUGGAGUGUCUGCGAGAGGUUCAAAGCAGAUUGACAUGAGGAAUAGCUACGCCGCCCUGGUGCCUGAUCUACCUGUGCCUUUAUCGCUGGGACUGCCUGUGUCUGCGACGGCUGUGCUGACUCCAACUACGCUGACUCCAGCAGCGGCUUUGUCGUUGAGUUCGGCUCCUUUCCCUCUCUCUGGAUCUGACGGGGCACUGCCUGCUGUGGGAGGUCUGGACAUAUCGCCGGGAGCUGCGGGUGUAUGCUAUCCUGCUUCUCGUGAGCCUGUGAAAGGUUCCACAAAUUGUGUGAGGGUUAGGAAUGGGCGGAUAUCGCCAUCCCCUUCUGGAUCCUUUCACAUCAUUAUAAGGCUGCGUUGAGACAAUGACUUAUCAACUACCAAAGGCCAGCUCAGUUAAUCCCUACCCUUGUGUCGCUGAGUUGUAAUAAUGCUUCAGCAAAUGUACAUUAUCACAGGGGCGUUGGAAGACACAAUGUAAGUAACCUAAUUUAUGUCCCUCUAACUGCCCUGAAUGCCUCUGCUGAUCCUACAGCUAUUGUAUGCAGUAAUCAUGUGCCUAUGAACCAGAGUUAUACUGUUAGCAUUGAGGCGGUGUGCCCUUGUAGGAACCCCACUGUGUGCAGCUCACCCUGCACUAACAUAAAUAACAUGAGCAUGUCUACUUCUGCUAAGCUUCCCAGUAAAGCAAUGAAAACAAUCAAGCAUCCCAGAAAAGUGCUAAAAAUAGUCCACGUUAACAUAUUUAGCUUAAGAAACAAGGUUCAUGAAAUCAAUAAUUUACUAGUAACAGAUGACAUUCAUAUUCUGACAAUCUCUGAAACUCACUUAGAGAAUACCUUUGAUGAUACAGUGGUAGCAAUACAUGGUCAUAACAUCAACAGAAAAGACAGAAAUACCAAUGGUGGAGGGGUUGCCGUUCUAUAUUCAGAACCACAUUCGUGUAAAACUUAGAGGAUUUUAGUGUUAAAUACUGUAAGUAAUAUGGCUACAGGUUCAUCUGCCUCACCUAAAGCCCAUUCUUGUGGGAAGCUGCUAUAGACCACCAAGUGCUAACUGUCAGUAUCUGGAUAACAUGUGUGAAAUGCUUAAUAAUGUAUGUGAUAUCAACAGAAAGGUAUAUCUUCUGGGUAAUUUAAAUAUUGACUGGCUUUCAUCAAGCAGCCCACUCAAGAAAAAGCUUCAAACUGUAACUAGUGCCUGCAACCUGGUUCAGGUUAUCAGUAAAAACCUACCAGGGUAGUUACAAACAGCACAGGAAUGAAAUCAUCAACAUGUAUUGAUCACAUCUUUACUUAUUCUGCAGAAAUUUGCUUUAAAGCAGUAUCCAAAUCCAUUGGAUGUAGGGAUCACAAUAUAGUAGCCAUAUCUAGGAAAACCAAUGUUCCAAAGGCUGGGCCUAAUAUAGUGUAUACAAUACGUUUUGUAGUGAUUCCUAUGUUGUUGAUAAAGAAUAUGUGUUGGUCUGUGGUGUGUAAUGAGGAGCAACCAGACGCUGCUCUUGACACAUUUGUGAAAUUGCUUAUUCCAGUUACUAUUAUGCACUCACUAAGAAAACGACUGUAAAAACUGUUAAAUCUCAAUGGAUUGAUGAGGAAUUGAAAAAUGGUAUGGUUGAGAGGGAUGAGGCAAAAGGAAUGGCAAAUAAGUCUGGCUGCACAACCGAUUGGCAAACGUACUGCAAAUUGCGAAAUUAUGUGACUAAACUGAAUAAAAAUAAGAACAAACUAUACUAUGAAACAAAGAUAAAUUAUAUAAAGAAUGAUAGUUAAAAGCUUUGGAGCACCUUAAAUAAAAUGUUGGGCAAAAAGGCAAACUCAGCUCCAUCAUUCAUUGAAUCAGAUGGCUCAUCCAUCACAAAAACCCACUGAUAUUGCCAAUUACUUUAAUGAUUUUUUCAUUGGCAAGAUUAGCAAACUUAGGCAUGACAUGCCAGCAACAAACGUUGACACUACACAUCCAAGUAUAACUGAUCAAAUUAUGAAAGACAAGCAUUGUAAUUUUUUAUUUCGUAAAGUGAGUGUGGAAGAGGUGAGAAAAUAUUGUUGUCUAUCAACAAUGACAAGCCACUGGGGUCUGAGAACUUGGAUGGAAAAUUACUGAGGAUAAUAGCGGACAAUAUUGCCACUCCUAUUUGCCAUAUCUUCAAUUUAAGCCUACUAGUUCCCUCGGGCCUGGAGGGAAGCAAAAGUAAUUUAGCUACCCUAGAAUAGGAAAGCCCCCUUUACUGGCUCAAAUAGCCGACCAAUCAGCCUGUUACCAACCCUUAGUAAACUUUGGGAAGAAUGUGUGUUUGUCCAGAUACAAUGCUAUUUUACUGUAAACAAAUUGACAACAAACUUUCUGCACGCUUAUAGGGAAGGACAUUCAACAAGCACGGCACUUACACAAAUGACUGAUAUUUGGCUGAAAUAAAUGUAUGAUAAAAAGAUUGUGCGAGCUGUUUUGUUAGACUUCAGUGCGGCUUUUGACAUUAUCAAUCAUAGUUGGAAAAACGUACAGUGCCUUUGGAAAGUAUUCAGACCCCUGAAGUCGAAGGAAUUGUCCGUAGAGCUCAGAGAAAGGAUUGUGUCGAGGCACAGAUGUGGGGAAGGGUACCAAAAAAUUACUGCAGCAUUGAAGGUCCCCAAGAACAGAGUGGCCUCCAUCAUUCUUAAAUGGAAGAAGUUCUGGAACCACCAAGACUCCUCCUAGAGCUGGCCCCCCGGCCAAACUGAGCAAUUGGGGGAGAAGGGCCUUGGUCAGGGAGGUGACCAAGAACCCGAUGGUCACUGACAGAGCUCCAGAGUUCUUCUGUGGAGAUGGGAGAACCUCCCAGAAGGACAACCAUCUCUGCAGCACUCCACCAAUCAGGCCUUUAUGGUAGAGUGGCCAGACGGAAGCCACUCCUCAGUAAAAGGCACAUGACAGCCCGCUUGGAGUUUGCCAAAAAGGCACCCAAAGACUCUCAGACCAUGAGAAACAAGAUUCUCUGGUCUGAUGAAACCAAGAUUGAACUAUUUGGCCUGAAUGCCAAGCGUCACGUCUGGAGGAAACCUGGCACCAUCCCUACGGUGAAGCAUGGUGGUGGAAGUAUCAUCCUGUGGGAAUGUUUUUCAGCGGCAGGGACUGGGAGACUAGUCAGGAUCAAGGGAAAGAUGAAUGGAGAAAAGUACAGAGUGUUCCUUGAUGAAAACCUGCUGCAGAGUGCUCAGGACCUCACACUGGGGCAAAGGUUCACCUUCCAACAGUAUGAAAAUGUAUGCACUCACUAACUGCUAAAUGACUAAAAUGUAAAAAAAAAAAAAAAAAAAAGUGGCCCAGCCAGAGCCCGGACUUGAACCUGAUCGAACAUCUCUGGAGAGAUCUGAAAAUAGCAGUGCAGCAAAGCUGUGGUCCUCUGUAGCUCAGCUGGUAGAGCACGGCGCUUGUAACGCCAAGGUAGUGGGUUCGAUCCCCGGGACCACCCAUACACAAAAAUGUAUGCACGCAUGACUGUAAGUCGCUUUGGAUAAAAGCGUCUGCUAAAUGGCAUAUUAUAUAUUAUUAUUAUUAAAGCUCCCCAUCCAACCUGACAGAGCAUGAGAGGAUCUGCAGAGAGGAAUGGGAGAAACUCCCCAAAUAAAUGUGUACCAAGCUUGUUGCGUCAUACCCAAGAAGACUCGAGGCUGUAAUCGCUGCCGAAAGUCCUUCAACAAAGUACUGCGUAAAGGGUCUGAAUACUUAUGUAAAUUUGUUAUUUCCGUUUUUUUUUUUUUUAUACAUUUGCAAAAAUGUCUAAACCUGUUUUUGCUUUGUCAUUAUGAGGUAUUGUGUGUAGAUUGAUGAGGGGGGAAAAAACAAUUUAAUCCAUUUUAGAAUAAGGCUGUGGAAAAAGUCAAGGGGUCUGAAUACUUCCUGAAUGCACUGUAUGUGUUAUGGCUUUACACCCCCUGCUAUAUUGUGGAUAAAGAGUUACCUGUCUAACAGAACACAGAGGGUGUUCUUUAAUGGAAGCCUCUCCAACAUAAUCGAGGUAGAAUCAGGAAUCCCCAAGGGUGGCUGUCUAGGCCCCGUACUUUGUUCAAUCUUUACUAAUGACAUGCAACUGGCCUUGAGUAAAGCCAGUGUGUUUCUCUAUGCAGAUGACUCAACACUAUACACAUCAGCUGCUACAGCGAGUAUAAUCACUGCAACGCUCAACAAAGGGCUGCAGUUAGUUUCAGAAUGGGUGGCAAGGAAUAAAAUAGUCCUAAAUAUUUGAAAAACUGAAAGUAUUGUAUUUGGGACAAAUCAUUCACUAAAUCAUUCAGUCGUGUGGUCAGGUGCCACAGAGGGACCUCGGAAAAUUACAAUUGGCUCAGAACAGGGCAGCACGGCUGGCCCUUAAAUGUACACGGAGAGCUAACAUUAAUAUCUCUCAAGAGAGCUAGCAUGUCAAUCUCUCAAGACUCAAAGUAGAGGAGAGAUUGACUUCAUCACUACUUGUUUUUGUAAGAAGUGUUGACAUGCUGAAUGCACCGGGGUGUCUGUUUAAACUACUAGCACACAGCUCGGACACCCAUGCAUACCCCACAAGACAUGCCACCAAAGGUAAUCCCCAAGUCAAGAACAGACUAUGGGAGGUGCACAGUACUACAUAGAGCCAUGGCUACAUGGAACUCUAUUCCACAUCAGGUAACUGAUGCAAGCAGUAGAAUCAGAUUUUUUUUUUAAACAGAUAAAAAUACACCUUAUGGAACAGCAGGGACUGUGAAGAGACACACGCACAGGCACAGACACACAUAUACAUGAUAAGACACGCACUCUACACACACGUACACGUGGAUUGUGUAUUGUAGAUAAAGUGGGGAGAACAAGUAUUUGAUACACUGCCGAUUUUGCAGGUUUUCCUACUUACAAAGCAUGUAGAGGUCUGUACUUUUUAUCAUAGGUACACUUCAACUGUGAGAGACAGAAUCUAAAACAAAAAUCCAGAAAAUCACAUUGUAUGAUUUUAAAGUAAUUCAUUUGCAUUUUAUUGCAUAACAUAAGUAUUUGAUACAUCAGAAAAGCAGAACUUAAUAUUUGGUACAGAAACCUUUGUUUGCAAUUACAGAGAUCAUACAUUUCCUGUAGGUCUUGACCAGGUUUGCACACACUGCAGCAGGGAUUUUGGCCCACUCCUCCAUACAGACCUUCUCCAGAUCCUUCAGGUUUCGGGGCUGUUGCUGUUGCUGUUGCUGGGCAAUACGGACUUUCAGCUCCCUCCAAAGAUGUUCUAUUGGGUUCAGGUCUGGAGACUGACUAGGCCACUCCAGGACCUUGAGAUGCUUCUUACGGAGCCACUCCUUAGUUGCCCUGGCUGUGUGUUUCGGGUUGUUGUCAUGCUGGAAGACCCAGCCACGACCCAUCUUCAAUGCUCUUACAAGAUCUUGCGAUACAUGGCCCCAUCCAUCCUCCCCUCAAUAUGGUGCAGUCGUCCUGUCCCCUUUGCAGAAAAGCAUCCCCAAAUAAUGAUAUUUCCACCUCCAUGCUUCACGGUUGGGAUGGUGUUCUUGGGGUUGUACUCAUCCUUCUUCUUCCUCCGUGCGCUGCAGGAUUUUAAUCCAUGACGGCAUAGUGUGUUACUAAUGGUUUUCUUUGAGACUGUGGUCCCAGCUCUCUUCGGGUCAUUGACCAGGUCCUGCCGUGUAGUUCUGGGCUGAUCCCUCACCUUCCUCAUGAUCAUUGAUGCCCCACGAGGUGAGAUCUUGCAUGGAACCCCAGACCGAGGGUGAUUGACCGUCAUCUUGAACUUCUUCCAUUUUCUAAUAAUUGCGCCAACAGUUGUUGCCUUCUCACCAAGCUGCUUGCCUAUUGUCCUGUAGCCCAUCCCAGCCUUGUGCAGGUCUACAAUUUUAUCCCUGAUGUCCUUACACAGCUCUCUGGUCUUGGCCAUUGUGGAGAGGUUGGAGUCUGUUUGAUUGAGUGUGUGGACAGGUGUCUUUUAUACAGGUAACGAGUUCAAAUAGGUGCAGUUAAUACAGGUAAUGAGUGGAGAACAGGAGGGCUUCUUAAAGAAAAACUAACAGGUCUGUGAGAACCGGAAUUCUUACUGGUUGGUAGGUGAUCAAAUACUUAUGUCAUGCAAUAAAAUGCAAAUUAAUUACUUAAAAAUCAUACAAUGUGAUUUUCUGGAUUUUUGUUUUAGAUUCCAUCUCUCACAGUUGAAGUGUACCUAUGAUAAAAAUUACAGACCUCUACAUGCUUUGUAAGUAGGAAAACCUGCAAAAUCGGCAGUGUAUCAAAUACUUGUUCUCCCCACUGUAUGUGAUAGGAGAGUAGUGGCCUGAGGGAACACACUUAAUGUGUUUUGAAAGAUGUUAUGAAAUGUAAUUUCAUGUAAUAUUUUAAAUUGUAUAUAACUGCCUUAAUGUUGCUGGACCCCAGGAAGAGUAAUGGGGAUCCUUAGUAAAUACAAAUACAAAUACAUCACACAUGAUGAUGCUGCUGAUGAUCUUUGUCAGAUGAUCUCUGUUUACUCAUGUAAUGAGCUUUCUCUCCUUUUCUCCCACUCUCUCUCCCAUUCUCUCUCCUUCUCCCUCCCUCCAGAUCUUCUCUCUGGGCUACUGUCCUACAGGAGAGUGGCUGGCAGUGGGUAUGGAGAGCAGUAAUGUAGAAGUGCUGCAUGUCUCCAAACCAGACAAGUACCAGCUGCACCUCCACGAGAGCUGUGUGCUCUCACUCAAGUUCGCCUCCUGUGGUACGUACAAGCUCACAACUCUGACACACUCACACUCUAACCUUUAUACUUAUGCUAAUGAGAUGUAUAGUCCAAAUGUCUGCUGAGCCAAGUGUAAUGUGCGUGUGUUUGUGUUUCAGGCAAGUGGUUUGUGAGCACAGGGAAGGACAAUCUGCUGAAUGCAUGGAGGACGCCAUAUGGAGCCAGUAUUUUCCAGGUGAAAAAUACACACCACACACACAGACACACACACACAAAAUGUUACACAAUAACCUCCCCAUCAUCACUGUUUUAAUUUAAGCCAUUCACAAAGGGCCCGAUUCAGACUUAGGAAAUGUAUGCCUUUCCUAAGCACGCCUUUCCAACGCACUUCUUAGUAGUUGGUAUUCAGACUUACCUUAUGCAGGUACGUAACAGGCUUUGCAGGCGUGGGUUCCUUGCGCGCACAGAAUAAAUUGAAUUAAACUGCUGAGAACCCUCCCACUUGCUGGCCAACAGAAUUACAUGUGGAGUUUUCAUUUAAUAGAGUUUUCAGUACAUUUAUCUAAAGCCAUCCCUCCAAAUUUGGUGUACCUUUUUAAUUUGAAUUUUCUCACCAGAAUAUAUAGAGAGAACCAUUCCGAAUAUUAGGGAUCAAUUAAAGAAAGCCACGUAUAUUCGGGGUGGUGGGGGGGGCUUGCAACUCAAUAUUAGGAAGCUGUUCCUAAUGUUUAGUAUACUGGUGAAUCAAAAAUAGUGGUUUGAUUCAGCCUGAAAGUUGCUAUGUUCAAUUGUUCAAUCCAUUAAGUAUUGGAAGGUGAGAAAAGUGUACAAUAGGGGUUGACCAGUAGUCCUAUAAAUCGACUCUAAUAAUCCUCACUAAUCAUGGCACCGUGAUGACAACGCUCCAGUCGUCGUGAACCGUGCGCCAGGCUCCAGGUUUAAACUGCUACAUAUGGUCUGCAUUCCAUAAUGAUUAAAAUAGGUUACAUGUUCCAAAUUAUUGCACAACAUGGAAUACAGCCUAAUAUGAUCCACUAUUGCUAGUGAUCCUCAGGAACCAAAACACGAACGUCGCACAGAAGAAAGAAAGGUAAACUAACAAUGUAAUGGAAUGAUGCAACAUUUAAGGAAACUAACACUAAAGUGACAGUUAUAAAUGUAUGGUGGUAUAACUGACUGUGGCUACCGAUAGUGGCUAACAUUUAACACGAUACAAAUUGUAAAAUAUACAGUGAAAAGUCCGGGCAUAUAAUUCAAACAUUCUAGAACACAUAAACAACUCAGUAAGUUGGAGCUAUACUGUCAUUUGAGCGUGGCUACAGAAGCCUAUAGCUUGGGUCUCCACAUUUCAUAUCUGCGAGUUAUAAGGCCAGCGUUUCAUAAACUUCACAAUGGAAAAGGUGAUAUGUUGAUAUGCUUCAGUUUGCUGCCAUGUAACCGGUUUCACAUUUGUCUCCAGCGAUCAUAAGGUAAAAUAGAUAUAAAACAAUUGUCCUUUAUAUUUACAAUCCCCUUAUCUAAACAGCAAACUCAUUUUCCUAGCUCUUAUCAAUCGCUCUUAUCAAUUUGGAAAUUACAGUGCAUGGAGAAGGGUGUUAUAUCUAUCGGGAAUAGAAAGUAGAUGUUGUUCCACUUGAUACCGACAUGUUGCUCGACCGUAUUCAUCGUUUCAUCGUGCGUAAAGGUGGUAGAAUUAUAAGGAAAUGAAGUUAAAGGUCAGAAUACGGCGUUUAUGUAGUCACCACUCCGCCACACCUUCAUUUCUUUGAUCUCCACCCAAAACGAAUUGCGGGUGAAUAGCAUCCUAUUCUCAUGCUUAAGUUCAAGGUCAGAAUACGAGUAAAGAGAAAGGUGCAUAAAAAGGGAAUUAUGUUACAUUUACGCUCACUUAACUCGGGUCGGAAUUCCCCCCAAAGGAAAUGCAUUGUGCAUUUCUAGAAUAUACAUUUUUAGCCAAGGCUGUUUUAGGCUGUGUCUGUAUAAGUGUGAUGAGUUACAGGAAGGGAUGGGCCGUUUAAAGGGGGAGAGAUGUGUCGUUUGUGGGAGGGAGACAGUAUGGCUGUCAUAUUGCUGUUUGCUAGACUAGUGCAGGGAGAGGAGGAAUCUGCAGCCUUGGCGGUUAGUGUCUCCCUAGGGCUCUGAAAUGCACAGAGGCUAUCUGCUUUGUUAUCCAAAUGCCUCUGUCACCCCCCCACCCCCGCAUGACGUCUCACACUCUCCCUCGGAACCUGCUCCCCCCUUUCUCUCCGUCUCUCUCUCUCUCUCUCUGGCUCUCUCGCUUUACUACUCUUGCUCUCUUUUACUCCCCAGAUUCAUCCGUCUCUCUCACAUGUACACACAUACCUCCCCUUUCUCCUCCCUCCAUUUACUCUCACUCACCACUACCUCAUCCUUUGUACCGCUCCCUCCUCCCCGUUUCUGUCUCUGUAGUGGGAGUGUGUCUGUCAGUCAAAAUGGCCUCUCUCACCAGUGGCCUGCUGAUUGACAGCCCUGGUGAUAUGAACCUGUGAUGUGGAGGAGAGAGGACUGGAGGGAGGAGGAUGAGGUUGCGGGAGGGGGAGAGGGGAGGGGAGGGAGAGAAGGUGGAGGAGAGAGAGGUACUAUAGAUGUUCAGAGGAGGGAUGGGUUGCGAGAGGAGGGUGAGGGAAGAGAGAGGUUGAGAGAGGAGCAGGGCUAGAGAACCAUCUGGGGCUAGGAUAUGAGGCCUGAGUCUGGUGGAGACUUGACAGAAUGGAGGUAGAAGGGCUUGUUUAUUCAGGUAAUGUAGAGAGAGUCAGAGAGUCAGCCCCCUGUGUUUCUGUGGUGCUGAAAGCUGUGAUUAGUGAUGCUGAGAGCACAGCUGAACCACGUAGGGUUAAGAACCCGGGGAGACACAUCACUCUGCCUGUCAGACAUGAAGAAGAAAAGUUACAAGCACCAUUGUCUGUUAUGAAACAUGCAUUGUGUAGCAAUUACCAUUACUGGGAUGAUCUAAAACCCUUGUAAUGACUUGGUAAUUUUCUCAAAAGUAUUUAUUAUUAUUUUUAUUUUUUAAAUUUUAGUCAUUUAGCAGACGCUCUUAUCCAAAGCGACUUACAGGAGCAAUUAGGGUUAAGUGCCUUGCUCAAGGGCACAUCGACAGAUUUUUCACCUAGUCGGCUCGGGGAUUAGAACCAGCGACCUUUCGGUUACUGGCACAACGCUCUUAACCGCUACCUGCCGCCCAAAAGUAGAGAAUGGUUCAAUCAGAAAUAGCAUAAUAGAUUGACUAUACCGAUUUAUUGUGUCCAAACAAAGUGUUUAUAUUUUGUACGCUAUUUUGAUUCAGUGAAUACAUCUAGGUGGUAUACACACUAGUGUUAUUAGGGCAUUUUGAGCUAUGAGGAGACAACUCUAUAGUGGACGAACAUGGAGACAUGAGACGUCAGUAGUGAGAGAGUUUCCUGAGUAGAGCAGGGAUAUCUGGUGCCAUGUAGGACCCUCAGGGAGAUCUCUCCUCAUCACUGUCACUCAACUACCGCUACAGAAGAAUUGGUGGAAGUGUGUUCCUUCCCAGACCGAUAUGUGUUCCUGAGUAAACACACGUCUGUCUUUCACUGAACCUCUCCUUCUGUCUCAUACUGUCUGUGACUCCUUAGUCUCAGUCUCUGUUUAAACUCAGUUUCACGUAGCUAAGUGGAAGUGAGUAAUUGGAGAGUGUUAUUACACCUACUGACCAGGCUCUGGCAGGUCCACCUCUAAUUUUAACAGCGUUCAUGGAUGAGUCACUGAUUUUUAACACCUUUUUUCUCUCUGUCUCUCCCUCCCUCUCUCUGUCUCUCCCUCUCUCAGUCCAAGGAGUCCUCGUCAGUCCUGAGUUGUGACGUGUCACCAGAUGAUAAGUACAUAGUGACCGGUUCUGGAGACAAGAAGGCCACCGUGUAUGAGGUGGUCUACUGA